AUGAUCCACAGCCAGGUUGCUCUGCAAUGGAAUUUUGCAGACUUGACAGCCAACAGCCUCUUCCUGCUUCCCACUGUUGAAGACAACGGGACGACUGGAGUCAAUGAGGCCCAGAACCAAACAAUCCCUUCAGUUCAGGUAUGUUAAGCAGAGCUAGUGACUGGUGAGGACCUGACAGUGAUCCCCUGAGCUGCAAGGCUGGAAAUAAAAAUUUAUAGAGUUGGUGGUACAUAGCUGCUGGGACCUCAUGAAGCCUAGAAGAUUUUCUGGAAGCACCUUUCCAUUUUAUCUCAGUUGCAAUGUGACACUUGCACAGGGUUUGCUGGUAAUGGUUUCCCUGUGCAUACUCCAUACCUUGCUGCUACCCGUCGUACAAACGCCUCCCUUGUGGUUUUCCACAGCUGAGUGAAUAGGCAUCAUCCCCAUUUUUUAUGAGGAACUGAAGAAGUUGUCAGUGGUGUGGACCAUAGGCUGAAACAUUAUUCCUGCAGGCCUGAAAAUUUUCUUGGUGCAUCCAGUGAGAUGACACCUGAUAGAGAGUAGCUGUGUUUCCAGAGAGCACACUGCUCUGCCAGGAAGCAGUGGAAGGUGAUUUGGACAAAGCAGGCCACCAGUGACCAUAUUAAGCUGCUUUACACUGACUUUAAACAUUCCUCUUUUUCUAGGCCUUCGGUUAAUUAAGCAGUCUGUGGACUUUUAAACUGGGCGGAAGGGUGUGUGUGUAUGUGUGUGUGUUUCUAUGUUAUGUAUUUUUGUGUUUUUAUAUUGUAAACUGCUUUGUGAUCCUCUGAUGAAGGGCGGUAUAGAAAAUAUAAUAAUAAUAAUAAUAAUAAUAAUAAUAAUAAUAAUAAUAAUAAUAUAAUCAGGCUGUUACCUGUAUUCUUGAUCCUCAUUACAAGAUUGUAUAUAAAAAUGUAUGUACAGUGGUACCUAGGGUUAAGAACUUAACUCGUUCUGGAGGUCCAUUCUUAACCUGAAACUGAAGCUAAUGAGGCCUCCAGCUACUGCUGCGCUGCCGGAGCAUGAUUUCUGUUCUCAUCCUGAAGCAAAGUUCUUAACCCGAGGUACUAUUUCUAGAUUAGCAGAGUCUGUAACCUGAAGCGUCUGUAACCUGAAGUGUCUGUAACCCAAGGUACCACUGUAUUACAAGAAAUUUGCAAUGAGAUGUAGGUGAAUUUUCAUUAUAACUUAAAAAUCACAAACUGAUGUGGAAAUGUGGAGAACUGAAGACUGGAUUUUAUUUUUUAAGAAACUGAGAGAAACCAAAAUGGAACAGACUGACCCAUCCCUAAUUUCUACUUUAUACCAACUGAAGACUUGUAGCAUGAGAAGUAAUUUUUCUUUCCUUAUUGAACUGAACAGAUCGCUGAACUUUAAGAGUCAGAUUUUUUCUUUUCUUCAUUAUUAUUAUUAUUAUUAUUAUUAUUAUUAUUAUUAUUAUUAUCAUUAUCUCUUUUGAAGAAAAUUGGAAAGCUGUGUUGGGAAACGAUAUAUGUUGCAAGGCAUUUUUAAUUGUGUUACUGUAUUUUUGCCCUGUAUUUUGUAUUCAGGAAUAAAAAAAGGAAGUUUAAAGAAAUACAUGUUUGGUUACAUGCCCCACAUAUAUAGAAACAUGUGUCUACAGGACAGGACAGCAUCUAAGAUAAUCACUAAUCGCUGAGUUGUUUACAUUUUUGCAUUGAAUAAAAGCACACAACCACAAAGAGAAAGUGAUAAAAUUAUGUUUUGACUGAAGAUAUGUUAACUUGCUGUCACUUCCCUUGUGGAACAUACAUCUUACCUAUUAGAACUGAUUCAGCAAAUCUUAGGUGAUUCAUUGUAUGGUUUCUAAUAGAUUAAUUAAUUGAUGUGUGGCUCCCUCGUGCAAAGAGAAGAAAGAUCCACUGGGUUCAAUCCUGCACAUGGGAGUAAGUCCCAUUUGGUGGGUCUUAGUUAUGAAGAGAAGUUUGAACUGUAAAUAGGAUACAUUCUAUUUACUUAUUAAUAAAACAAUAUUUUAGAAGGAAAAGACCCUAUUUCUUUGGGUGGUGCCUUCACAUCACUGGAAGGGCUUGCGAUCAGUCUACAAAAUGAAGAAGAGGUAAAAUACUGCAGUCCUCCCACAACCUCCCACCUUUUUCAGGAAAGUCCUUCAAUUCUCUGAAACGGAUUUGCCGUGUGUGCUUGCGGGCGGGAGGCGAGGGGAGGGGAAUCUACAAUAAACAUGUCUCCUCCUACUAUAGUAGCAGAUGCCUCCACUGGAUCAAAAGUCUCUUCGUGGGCAUAGUAGUUGCGUUACACUCAUUGCAUGUGACUUGGGUGUUCCUUCCCAUGAGAAAAUGAAGUAGGAACACCUCUUCCAAGGCAGUGCACACGGCCUGCAUUUUUGUAAAUAUAUGUAUUUUAAAAUCACAUGCACCCUUUGCUGUGUGGUCGACUUGGUACUGCUUUAAUUGAUCCAAAAGAUUUAUUUAUAUUACAUUACAUUUGCAGCCUUUUACCUGGCACUGCUCAGGAAGAAACAAACAAACAAACAGAUGAAAUCAGUGGUUAAAACCAGAGCAGUCUUAAAAGAUUCAGCCCACCAUCUUGAUUCAAAAUGGUGUGUCCAGAUGUUUCCAGAACGAGACAAAAACCUGCUUUUUGACUGCAGGAACCAUUCUACAAAAUUUGGUUAUUAUAUCUUAAGAGGUGUCCAAAUGCAUCACAAACAGGUGAACAACACACACACACACACACACACACACACACACACACACACGCAAUUUAUAUCUGGGCCUUUCUCAAAUGUCCCAGGGUGGAAAUGCAUAUGUAAAUACGAAAGUUAAGACAAUAAUACUAAAACAGGCAAGCAUGAAUUCCAUGCAAAAUUCCAAAUACAUUGUAGCAGCCAUGAUAAUCCAAUCUAAUAUACCCCACCCUUCCCUGAAAGCUUGAGGUGUGUCUUCAGCUAAUGACAGCAUGGCAACAACGUUGUGGUGAGAUGCAGUUCAGAAGGGGAGGUCAUUCCAUAGACUUGAAGCCACUGCCAAGAGACCCCAUCCAAGGGUCUCCACCCCAGAGAUCUCAUUGGAUAUAUAUGGACCACUAACAGGAUCCUGGAAGGCAAAACGGGAUUGUAAAUCUGCAUCUGUACUGGAAUUGUUUUAGAUGUUACAAUUGUUAUAUUGUUCUUGUGUUUGCCGCACCGAGCUCAUUUGAGAGGAAGGAUGAGGGAGAAAUUUAAUAAUAAUAAUAAUAAUAAUAAUAAUAAUAAUAUGCUUAAUCCAAUUGAUGAGAUUUUGCUUACUCCCCUCCUGUCUAUAGAUCCCUGUCUGUAGAUAAGCAGAUAGGAAAUCAAAGCACAUAGAUCUCUAGAUACUGCAGGUAGCAAUUAUGUCUUACAAGCAAAUAGGCAAAGGGAAUAAACACCAUCUAUUUUUGUAUUUCACGUGGCGUGCUUAAAAUUUUCCAUACGACAGGGAAGGAAGAGAAAGAGCUUAUCAAAUGAAAACAAUAAUGCACAUUGCAUAUAUUUCAAAGCAUCCUUUGCUAGGGCAUGUUGAGUGAUUGUUUUAAUACACAUAGCAGCAAUAAAAUAUAGAUGUUUCACACUGGUAUAGAUUAUUUAUUGAUCUCAUUCUGUGUUACUAAAUAGAUACUGUAGUAAUGGUCAUUGAGAAAUACAUACUUGUCCACUGACACAUGUUUAUACAAAAUGUCACAUAUGCGGUGCCAAAAUAUAACUAAGCAUUCCUGAGAACAGCUGGGAAUACUAUUUUUUUUUAGGGUGUUGAAAUAAUACCAUACUCAUUCUGUUUUGCUUUUUUUUAAAAAAAAACUUUCCUUUAUCACUCUGGUCCUGCAGUGUGAAAAUGCUCCCCCCUCCCAUUCUCCUGUAGAUGCAAAUGUAAUUUUUAACACAUUUCUCCAGUAGAAAAGUUAUUUUAUCAAAACACAGCAUUGAUGUUAAGCUGCAACCUCUUACCCAGCACAGUGUUUUAAAGAACUUAAUGGCUUUCUCCAUGUUUUUAAUGGCUGCAAUAUUAUGCAGCUAACAAACAAUUUCAGAAUUAAGUUGCCACAAUUAGGAAUUAGAAGCAGGUGGCUCAAUAAUGGUGCUUUUUCAUUUCAUUUAUUAGGAGGAGGGGGGGAGGGAGGAAAAAGCUUCUCUCUCCCCCCCCAAAAAAACAACACAGAGCUUUAGUUAUUUUCAUCAACUCUACAGUAAGAGCAUGUAAGCAAUUUGCAAGACCCAAAUCAUUUCAAGUACAGCUUCACGCCCGUCGUUCAUUCUCUGGAGUUUUUAAAAGCUACUUUGCAGCCAGCCCAAAUUUGAAAAGAUAAUUUAUUCCCAGUUUCGCAGGUACAAAUAUUUAUUUAUUUGGUUGGUACAUUUCUUUCAAUUAUAAGAUUUCUUACCCACCCUUCACCGUAAGCUCCCACGGUGGGUUACGACAAUAGAAUAUACAAUUGUGUUUUUUAAAAAACAGCCUAAAACCAUUUGCAAUUAUAUAUUUUAAAAAACCACACACAUAAAAAGCAUUCAAAAUGAAACAAAACAAUAUGGACAGGAGCUAGUAAGAUGCUGUUUAACAACACUAUGUUUGCCUUAAAAAAACAAAACAAAAAAACAACUAUAUUUUUCUAAGGGAACAGAUGGAUUGCAUUUCCUCUGCUGGGUGAUCCCUGAGGUAGGUGUCUGCGUGUGUGUACAGAUCUAUACGUGUGUGUGUAAGUAUGUGUCUUAAAACCUCACAAACAAGCACAUAACAACAUGCCCCCAAAGUCUGUUUCAAUCUUUCUUGCUUCCUUUCCUUUGCCCAUUUACAAAAAAAAAGGGUGUUAGGCUGCUGCUGCUGUUCCCACAGGGUUCAGUGUUAAAAAGGAGACAUUAAGCGAAAAAUGUUAUUGAUAAACACACCAUUUAUGUAAGUAGAUUCUUGUGCUCAAAAACAUUAAACCGUGCAGCCUGCCUCCUUCCUCCCCUCUCUCUUCACAUCCAUUCCUUCUGCACAAGGCUGGGAGCUGUGACCCUGGCACACCCUCUAGCGGCGAAGUUCAGCAAAACAACCUCUCUUUCCUUAGCCCCCUUUCUCGCCGAAUGUGGGAUUUGCGUGAGCCAAAGCUGAAUGGCAAAGCCUGUCCCCCCGGAGAGACAUUUUGAGACCUAAGGAAGAGAGAAAUCCCGUCUCUUCCUGUCCCGUUAGCGUUGCCAGGUUGCUUUUGCAAAAGCCUGUUCCUUAGCUAAAGGUUUCUUGUUUUUCCCAUCUGAAGUUCAGCUCUUCCCAUUUCCACAUCAGUUGGUGAAUUUUGUUUUUUUAAAAAAGCAAGUCCUUGUGAUAAUUCAUUGGUGCUUUAGCGUGAAUUUAUCCUGGCAUGCACUCCUUUGUUGGCAAUUUUGCCUUACAAAAUACGUUUUUCUAUGCUAGUUUCAUGCACAUUUAAAUGCACACUUUCCCAUCGUAUAAGCAUUUGCGUAAACAUUACUUGGCUGGAGAACUGCAUUGCAAAAUUCGGAGAAAUGUGAAUUUCAAAGGGUGGCCGUGUUCUGGUCUGCAUAUUGUUUCGGGAGGUGGAAAUUAGAUAGGUUUGCCUCUAAAUGUGAACUGAACUUCUCCAUCUCUAACUGUGUAAUCUUCAGUAGAUCAGCAAGGGGUUGUUGUUGUUGUUUCUACUCCCAAUGGUUUAACAACAGCGACAACAAAACUGCUUUUCCCAUCUAGGCUGUUGAAAUGAAAAACGCUAAUCAAGAAUAGACAUUUAAAUGAGAGCUAGCUCAGUUCAGUUCUUGUACUGAAAAAAUAUUCCCUAGGCUCAGAGGGGGCACCUUCUUUAAUUCCCGCUUUUGCACCAGUCUUUGUGGUAGAUCUUGGGGUUUCUUGGGUGGGGUGUGGGAGAUCCAACAAGCCUGAAGUCUGCUUAAAAGGUAAAGGGACCCCUGACCAUUAGGUCCAGUCGUGGCCGACUCUGGGGUUGCGGCACUCAUCUCGCUUUAUUGGCUGAGGGAGCCGGCGUACAGCUUCCAGGUCAUGCGGCCAGCAUGACUAACCAUGGCGAACCAGAGCAGCAUAUGGAAACGCUGUUUACCUUCCUGCUGGAGCGGUACCUAUUUAUCUACUUGCACUUUGACGUGCUUUCGAACUGCUAGGUUGGCAGGAGCUGGGACCAAGCAAUGGGAGCUCACCCCGUCACGGGGAUUUGAACCACCGACCUUCUGGUCGGCAAGUCCUAGGCUCUGUGGUUUAACCCACAAUGCCACAAGUCUGCUUACCCCUGGUUUAAAGGACUUUCCUUUAUCCCACAAAAUCCCUAUGCCUCUGGGAGACAUGUUGGCUUUACAUUGGAGAAGUACAGCAGACACACACACACACACACACACACACACACACACACACACACAGUUCAAUGGGAUCCAAUUGCUCUCUUGCAGACUAUAGGAGCAAUCCUAUACACAAGAAGCUGGUAUACAGUUACACUAGUUCCAAACCCCAUUCAGCAGUGGGGCUCUACCUAAGCCUGGCAGAGGCAAAACAAGUCUUCAAAACAGUGUUCAACACCAGGUCACCAAGUCACGUGACCAAGCUGCUUGGGUUUAGGAUCCUAAUUCUCCCAUCUCUGCUCCCACCAUGCACACUCCCGGAACACUCCUGUGGGGGAACUUCUGCAAAGAUUGAUUUGCAGAAGCCACUCCCAUCUAGAAGCCUCUGCUAUGGGGGGGGAGGACUCCUUCUGUGAACAAACGGGAGCCUUUGGGCAGUGGCAAACUUUGGUAAUCUUUUGUAAUAUGGUGCCCUGUGUGAGGCCAACAUUUGACACCCCCAAAUGGAUCUUCUCAAUAUUGUGCCCCUCGAUUCAGUGCCCUAUGUGUGUGUAUGGGGGGGACCGCCCGCAAUACCCUAAAUCCAGUGCUGUUUUGGGUCUAUCCCAUCAUCAUUUCCUCGGCAGGAGGACUCCCUGCUGAGGGCCUGAAAGACCCUGCCCAUGCCUCUUUCCACUUGGCUUGGGGCAGGGCUUGACAGGCUUCACAAGGACUGCAGCUGUUUUUAAAAAGUUUUUAAUUUUUAUCUGUGUUGUUUUAAAUGAGACCAUCUUGGCUGUGAGCCCUGGAAGACCUGCACCCUGCCUUGGUGGCCCUUUCCCAUCCGGCCUGGGAGAGUGGGGUGCUGACGGACUCCAGCUACAAAAGCUGAAGCUGUUGAACAGAUUCAUGGGCUGGAGUAUUGUUUAGAGAGUAUUGUUGAGAGAGCUGUUGCUGUUAUUGAUAUUAUUGUUGUAUCUUUAGUUUUAGAUCUUAUGAUUUACGUGGAAAUUGUUUCCAUUUGGUUGUGUACUUUUUGAUGUGUUUUAUUUAUUGUUUAUGACUUCGGCUAUGUUUGUAAUUAUGUAAAUCUUGUCAUGUUGUCAACCGCCUUGAGCACAGUUUCAAAUAUGGAAAGGCGGCAUACAAAUGAUGGUGAUGAUUUCCUUCCAGAGUUACAAGGCUGCUGAAAAUUUGAUGCCACAGAUCAACCUGUGUUAUGCUUCCAACAUGCCUGCUGUGAUGGCCUGGGAUUCGGACUCGGAGGCUGAACCUGAGGAAUCCCAGCCUGCACAGGAUUCCCCGCCUCCAGUACCAGCUGAGCCGGGGCUGGGGCUUGAGCCUGAAGGGUCCUCACCUGUGCUGGAUCCUCAGGUGCAGGCACCAGCUGAGUCUGCUCUGGCUCCUGAGGUGAUGGAGGACCCAUUGCCUGCAGGUGCUUCACUCUCAGCCCCGUCAGGGAAAGAGGAGGUUGCCUCUGGGUCUGGUAACCCUCCAGCCUCUUCUGAGCUGCAGAGGCUCAGGGCAGAGAGACGGAGGGAACUAAGUUCCCGCAGAAGGAGUGCUCGCCUCCAGGCCAAGAGAGGCGAGUCACCUGUGGACUGGGGCCGCCCUAUGCCCUGGGGCAGAUAAAAGCCAGUCAGCCCUUGUCCCAAGUUGUGGGUAGCCAGUUCCUGCCUGCACCCUGUUCUGCCAUAUCUCCUGACCUUGCCUGACUCCCUGCUUUGGACCCAGCUUCAACCUUGACGGACGGCCUCAAGUCUGCACCCUCGACCUCGGGCUGGACUCAGACCACGCCUCACGGAAACCCACGGGACCAGCACACCUGCCUUCCUCUGAUGUCCACUGAGUGGGGCAGAACUGGCUGUUAAAAUAUUUCGUUCCACCUUAAGGAACAUGCAUGAUUGUUGUGUGUCACUUGCCUGUUUACACUCCAGCACAGCUUGCUGGGAACUUCCUUUUGUGUAUAGUUUUUGCUUUUGCUGCUUGCUUUGGACAAGCAGUGGAAAUGUGUCUGUAUUCAAGUACUACUGGUUUGUGUGUGUGAGACUCUGGAGAAUUUGGGCAUUUAUUGUUAAUUAAUUAAUUAAUUAAUUAAUUAAAUGUAUGUACAGUGGUGCCCCGCAAGACGAAUGCCUCGCAAGAUGAAAAACUCGCUAGACAAAAGGGUUUUGCGUUUUUUGAGCUGCUUCGCAAGACGAAUUUCCCUAUGGGCUUGAUUCGCAAGACGAAAAAUGAAAACGUCUUGCAAGUUUGUUUCCUUUUCUUAACACCGUUAAUACAGUUGCGACUUGACUUCGAGGAGCAACUCAUAGAACGCAGUGUGGUAGCCUUUUUUGAGGUUUUUGAAGACUUUGGUGAUUUUUGAAGCUUUUCCAAAACUUCUUUUGCAGCCAUUUGGGAAGUUAAACUUUUAAAUUUUUUUUGGGGGGGGGGUUGGAUUUUGGGUUGGGGUGUUUGGAAUUCAAGGACUUGGUGUUGGGGAGGGGUUUGCAAGAAUCUGGAAACUUGUUUUUUUUCUGCAUUUUUAUGAUUUUCUGUGACCAUUGGGCCACUCUGCUGUUUUUUAAAAAAAUUCUGGAUUUGAAUUUCUGUGUGGUGGGUGGCUGGGGGAACAGUUGAGGAGGGGGUUCUUCAGCAAGAAGCAAAGAGUGGAAGAGGAACCUUCUUCGAGUUGUCCCCCAGAGUCUUAGAAAAUGUACUGUACACUUUGUUGAUUUUUAAAUGUUUUUCUGUCAUGUUUAGAAACUUAAUUUAUUGUUCCUUCAAUUUUUGAAAUGCUCUUUACAGUAUGUGUGACUUUAAAGAGCACUUAAUAAACUCUUGUUGUACCAAAUUUGGCUUUGUUUGGACUUUUUUUGACCAUAGGAACGCAUUAAUUGAAUUUCAAUGCAUUCCUAUGGGAUUUCGUGCUUCGCAAGACGAAAAAUUCGCUAGACAGAAAAACUCGCGGAACGAAUUAAUUUUGUCUUGCGAGGCACCACUGUACUGCCCUUUAUCCAAGGUCACGGGUUCCCCAUGCCUGCCUUACAUGGAGACAACUAGUAGGGAAAAAAACAUACCUACUAAUUUUUCAUGUCAGACUUUUUUUUUAAAGGAAGAGGGUCAGGAUCAAGAGUACAGGGGAUAGCCCUAUAUUAUUAUUAUUAUUAUUAUUAUUAUUAUUAUUAUUAUUAUUAUUUCUAUACCACCCUUCAUCCAAGGCUCACAGGACAGUAAACAACGAAAAUACACAAAAACACACAGCAUAGCAAAAAACAAAAACAGAAAUCCUCCGCACAUUUUAAAAGGCCAGAGAUUGUUUAAAUAGCCAAAGGCUUGGUUACUGAGGAAAGUUUUUGCCUGGUGUCUAAAGAUAUAUAAUGAAGGUGCCAGGUGAGCCUCCCUGGGGAAAACUUUCCACAAACAGGGAGCCAUCGUGGAAAAGGUCCGUUCUCGUGCUGUCGCCCUCUAGGAGUCUCACGAAGGAGGCACAUGAAGAAGGGCCUCAGAGGAUGAUCAUGUUAGAAUUCCUGAGUCUUGAAAGGGGUACUGGGUUUGUCCUCAAGGGAUGGGGAACCACGCCCAAAGGCUGUAAGGGUAGACACUGUUUCCUCAGAGAGGAACGCGGCUAGAGUUCGAGUCCCAACAAAGCCAAGUGUGAGGCUUCCUGAUAGUCAGAAGGGUUGUGGCACCAAGACUAGUCAGAAGUGCAAGAUGGUAAGGCCCAAGGCUAAUCCAGUUGCAGGUAGUUCCAAGGGUGGAACGGGUGAUACAGGGGUAUACUGUGUAUAUGACAUCUGUAUGGUUGUUGCAGUUACACUGAUGACUGCAACACAGUUCAUGAAUUGGGGGAGGAUGUUAGAAUUCCUGCUCCGUGAUUGCAGUCAAAGGAUUGUUGUCUAUCAUAUGACGGUGUAUGUUUUGACUCCACAGAGUGGGAAGUGACGGAGACAGGAUGUUUGUGUUACUCUGUUCUGUGUAGUGGGACUAUUGUCCUUUGUUCUUUUCCUCUUUGCUGUCCGAUGCUAGAGAGAGAGGGAGCCAUGUUGCAGUGCUCCGUGUGUGUUUAUAUGUAAAUAAAGUAGAUUAGCCAAAAUGCUGAGUUGCUGAGGUCUGUUACGUAAGCUGCAAAGACUCUGUGGAUCCCUAAGCAUGCUGGUGUCAGUUGGCAUCGAUUGCUGUGAUGUUUGGGCUGAAGAAAGCUUCUGAAGCUCCCGAAUGAGCGACCAGGAGGGAGAGAACAUGCCAGUCGGGCAUGUAUCUCUGCCAGGGUCCUACUCGAGUGUAGGCUGAACUCCUGACAGAUCAAAGGAUCUGGUUCAGUUCAUAUGGCAGGUGAAUCACAUGAGAAUGAGACUUAAUGAACCCAUGUCUGUGACCCAGCUUUAGGAAUUCCAAGUUUAGGCUUUAAAGGAGCUGUGUUAAUAGCAGUUGCUCCUGUUUUGCCAGGUUAAAAUAGGGGCACAUGCUGAACUUUGCAUGGAAAGAUAGUUCCUCAGAAGAGGGGGAAAGCAGCAGCAGCAGCAGAAAGAAGAGAUGCUUGAGGAAUUUCAGCCUCACAAAUCCUGAUACAAAAAUACCUGAUCCGUGCAUCUCAGACGAAUGUGUGGAUCAGAGCUUGGCUGUCCACCAGAUUUCACACAUCUCCAAAUGCUGCAGUGCAGUUUCUGGCAGUUUAAAUGUACCAAAAUAUACAUUUUAAAAUGUAUUUUGAGAGAAGAUGUGUAUUUACAUAUAUAUUAAGAUAUGUGUGAAAAUGUGCAUUUAAAUACUUAUUAUGAGAGUAUUUAUUUUUUUAAAAAUUGUAGAUGAGUUUGGAGAUGCAAUGAAAUUGAGAGUGAAAACAUGUGAAGCUGACAUGGAUUGGAAACAGAAAGUCUAGGCCAGCCUUAGAAACAAGGCACUUCUACACUGAGUCCAUCAGUGCAUAUGCAGCAUGAAUGAAACCUCUUCAAAGUUCACAUUUCUCUAGCACCCUUAAAGGUUUGGGUUUUAAAACCAACAGCAGCAUUUUGGUAACAUUAGUUUGGGAUAUUUCCACUGCGCUAAAUGAAUGAAGCUGAGGCUCCAAGACUUUGGCCACCUCAUGAGAAGAGAAGGCUCCCUGGAAAAGACCCUGAUGUUGGGAAAGAUGGAGGGCACAAGGAGAAGGGGACAGAGGAUGAGAUGGUUGGACAGUGUUCUCGAAGCUACCAGCAUGAGUUUGACCAAACUGCGGGAGGCAGUGGAAGACAGGAGGGCCUGGCAUGCUCUGGUCCAUGGGGGUCACAAAGAGUCAGACACGACUAAGCGACUAAACAACAACAACAACAAAUGAAUGAAUGAAUGAAUGAAUGAAUAAUGGAGGAAAAGGAACAAUCCUAAUGGCACAAAAAUCAAUCAGUCAAUCAAUCAAUCAAUCAAUCAAUCAAUCAAUCAAAUAGAUUAAACUUCCUGAGAAGUCUACCAUGGAUAUUUUUUUUAAUUAAAGAUUUUUUUAAUUAAAGUACACGCAUCAUCUCCAUUUUCAGAUCGUAAAGUCCUUUCUGCAGAUCUGUUCUAUUCAGUGUGAGACUUUGAUGUUGCGAUUCAGUAUAAGGUCGGAGCAAACUUCUGUUCUUUUACAUGUUAUAUGUGUGAGGUUGUUGUGUCAGUGUCACAUGGGUAGGUUCUCCUUCCAUCCAUUUAUUAGUUAUCAUUGCAUGGUUCGUUGCCUACAGCUGGCUGCAGCGAGUUUUGUUAUGAAUCAAUAUGGCUAACUUGAUACCAUGGAAAUGUUUAGAGCACACACACUUUCUCAGAGAUGUUUCGCUUAAACAGGGCGGUGUUGAUGCUUAUGUAACUAGCAGUAAUUAAUUGUGUGAGCCAGGGGUCCCCACCCAUCCCAGGACCGCCCACAUUGAUUACGUGGGACAUGUAGCUUGGGUCAAAUAAGGCUACAACUCUUAUUGAUUACAGAUGGUUUGGCAAGGCACUGGAAAACCAUUUUGAGCACCUGCCUGCUUGCUGAGGUCUACCAUUGUCAAGGCUUUGGGAAUUUUAUUCCUUCCCCGGUGGAAGCAAGAAGCAGAGAGAACAAAGUAGAGUCCUUAUUAAUGAGUUUAUUCAUUCAUAACAGUGAGAGGCAAAAUAAUGCAGUACAGUGGUACCUCAGGUUAAGAACUUAAUUCGUUCUGGAGGUCUUUUCUUAACCUGAAAAUGUUCUUAACCUGAGGUACCACUUUAGCUAAUGGGGCCUCCCGCUGCUCCUGUGCUGCCACUGUGCAAUUUCUGUUCUCAUCCUGAAGCAAGGUCCUAUUUCUGGGUUAGCAGAGUCUGUAACCUGAAGUGCCUGUAACCUGAAGCGUCUGUAACCCGAGGUACCACUGUAUGCCCUGAUAAAUGCGUUGCUCCAACUGAGCUCCUCCCUCCUUCCUAGCGACAGCAUUUCCCCUUAUGGUGGCUGAUCAUGGUCAAUUGUCUUUGAGUCCUUUGUUCCUGCACUCUUAACAAGAGCCAAGUUCUGGGAGAAGGGGGUUCAGAAAUGCUCUCCAGUGACAACAUGUCAGCUGGCUGCUCUGCUUCCCCUUCCACUUCCCAACUCUUCUGUUUGUCUCUCUCUCUCUGAGCUGUGACCUUCCUCAAAACCCUGCUGUAAAUCAAUGCUGCAUUCUUCUCCUGCAGCGUCAAGAGAAGGGGAGUGAUCUUCACCAUUCAUCCUCCAUCUCACCUGUCAGGAUUGAACCAGAGGUCUCAAGUUCCCCAGAGGGAGGGGGAAGCCUGGGAACAGAAGAUGUGGAUGAGGUGCCCAAGGGAGGGGGAGGCAAUGAGGAGAGAGCAGUUAGAAUAAGCUCAGAAAGGGCUGGGGAGACAGAAAGUUCACAGGGGACACAGGGGUUAAGUUCAGGCUCAGAAUCGGGGGUGGGAAAAUUUACGACCGCCCUCAAGAGGCGUGUGAUUAAGAGAAGGGCUGAAUACAGGGGCGAGAGACCGCCAUUUUAUGAGCUGUUGGAGGGCCAAACGCAGGCCUCAGCAGAGAUCUGAACUAAGUGACUCUGAUGGAUGAAUCAUGUGCUAAUGACCCAUUGAAAACCCUGUAAACAAAGAUCAUAAAAACGUCAAGAGGCUCUUGUGGCUUCUGUGGUGAGGAGAGACGCCCACAGCUCUGACAUCACCCCUUUGAGUCAAAUCCCUGGCAACAAGUUGGGGUCAACCCAAGUCAAAGGGGGUCUGAUGACACACAUCAAGUAGGUACCACCCACAGAGUGGCCAGCUUGAGCAGUGCUAUGGCCCCUGCCUGGGCUUCCAGAGAGAAGCAGCUCCUCCUGGAUCCCUUUGUCUGGAUCAGGUGCUUCAGGUUCCACCCAGCAUUGUGGGUGACCGGCACGUGUGUGAUGUCAUGUGCAGCAUGUGAUAUCACAUGUCGUUGCUGCAGUGGGAGGGCCCAACGGAGCACCCCACUGCAGUGCACAACGUGUUGGGUCGCCCACCUGGGUACCCAUGGUGAAAAUUAUGUGGGUACCCAGGCACCCAGGACCCCCUGAAGAUGGCGCCUAUAACCGGGGUACCCUGUGCUUUGGAGGGGCAGGCAGAGGCUACAACCUCCUCUCCACCCAAAACUAAGGUUUACCCAGUGCCUUAACUGUCAAUGUUAUGACAAUUGCUAUGAGGUUGGCAUAACCAAAGGACAGUGCCUAUAGGUCCCCUGGGCAAAUUCCUUCCUGGCCCUGAAUACAGCCACCAACAGUAGCCAUAGCAAAGUCAAGUAUCUCAGGACAGUGCACAACAUAAAAAAUGCAACAUAAAAGCACAGAAUACAUGCCAAAAUAAACAUACACUUUUACCUUGUAAGUCGAAUGGAAUCCAUUCCGGAAGUACGUUCGACUUCCAAAAUGUUCGAAAACCAAAUUGCAGCUUCUGAUUGGCUGCAGCAAGCUCCUGCAACCAAUCAGAAGUCACAGAAGCCCCGUCGGAUGUUCAGGUUCCAAAAGAACAUUUGCAAACUGGAACAAUCACUUCUGGAUUUGUGGCAUUCGGGAGUCAAAAUGUCUGAGUUCCAGGGCUUUCAGGAUCCAAGGUAUGACUGUACAGUCAUACCUCGGGUUGAAUAUGCUUCGAGUUGAGCGCGUUUGAGUUGUGCUCCGCAGCAACCCAGAAGUAACAGAGUGUGUUGCUUCCGGGUUUCGCCACUUGUGCAUGCGCAGACGCUCAAAAUGACAUCAUGCGCAGAAGUGGCAAAAAGCGACGUGCACGUGUGCAGAUGUGCCUUCACUAGUUACAUUUGCUUCUAGAUGCGAACGGGGCUCUGGAAUGCAUCCCGUUCAUAUCUAGAGGUACCCACUGUACAUGAUGUGUGGAUGGCUCUUUCUCAUUUGCAAAAUGUGGCAGACCAAGCAAAAAGAUAGUAGUGGAAGAAAAUAAGCCUACAAGAUGAGCUUGCUGGAUCAGACCAAUGGCCCACCUAGUCUAGCAGCCUUUUCUCACUGUGGCCAAUCAGAUGCCUGUGGGAAAUCCACAAAUAGGAUGGGAUCACAAGAGCGCUCUCCCUUCCUGUGGCUUCCAGCAACUGCUAUUCAGAAGCGUUGUUGCCUCCAACAGUGAUUCCCCCCUCCCCCGUUUGGGGUGUGUCCCUGGAGACAGGCAUUGGCCAAAACUACUGUAAUGGGCAAAUUUUUAUUGAAGCAUAGAUCAAAUUAAAUUUGGGAACUGGAAGUUAAAAUUAAGAGGUAGGAACAGACGGUCUGUAGGCGUGUCCCCUGAGAUGUUCCACUUUUGUGCUAGUAGUCUGUCUUGCUGAUCUGAACGAAAUCUGGCUCUAACCAAUACUGUUAGCCUCUGUUUCUUUCAUUCAUUUUCUUUAACGACUGCUUAAUUCAAUCGCUGUCCAAUCUUUAAAUACAUUUCUUUCUUUCUAUUUCAGUUGCGUCCUCCGUACGCUAAAACUUUUGAUUUAAUAGAAUAUUCAAGAGAUAUAUCACCACAGGUGGGACCAGUUUUUUUCCUUGCUCUCCCACCCCUCUUGCUUCAGGUCAGAAGCUCUUUUAAAAGUGGAAAGGUUUUUAGAAGAUAAAAAAAAUGCAAGAUGACUUGUAGGGUGCUUAGUUCCCAGCUGUAGUUGAGCAGCUAGGAAUGAAUAAGGGAACUGUGAGCUCUCGCCUUGACCUUCCCCCUCCUCUGCUCAGUGCUAAUAACAUUAUUUAUUUAUUUAUCAAAUAAAUAAAUAAUGUAUUAUUUAAUUAAACUGGUUCACCAUGUCCUCCAAAAUGGGGAAGUAUGGUUUAAUGUCAGCUUACUAUCCGGGACCGUAAGCCACAGCUUGAAAUUCGUUUUAUGUUUUUGCUUAGUAAACUGGCAAUAGGUCACAGUUCCCAGCUAAUUUGGUUUGGUAGUGGCACCCACCCUGCGGAACGCUCUCCCACCAGAUGUCAAAGAGAAAAAACAACUACCAGACCUUUAGAAGACACCUGAAGGCAGCCCUGUUUAAGGAAGCUUUUAAUGUUUGAUGGACUAUUUUAUUUUAAUAUUUUGUUGGAAGCCGCCCAGAGUGACUGGGGAAACGCAGCCAGAUGGGCAGGGUAUAAAUAAUAUAUUAUUAUUCUUAUUAUUCUUAUUAUUAUUAUUAUUAUUAGAUUUGUAGACUUCUGAACCAUUUUGGUGGUAAAGUUCAAGAGAGCUUUCUCUGUGGUGGUCCCACCCCGGGGGGAACUCCCAGCUGCAACAGAUUAGGUUAUUGAAAUAUACUCAGAGUCGAGAGUGGAUUUCAUGCUCUUUAUUCAGCUCACAGUGGUGAGGAGGAAUAGAAGUUCCCCCAGAAUGUCUGAUUUAUAUACAUUAUUUACACAAUGGGCCCCACGUGAUUGGCUAAUUCUGGGAUUCUCCUGUAGGCCAAUCAGGUUGCGGAUUCACUUCCACCUGGAGCUGGAUUGGGUGGCUCCUGUGGACCAAUCAGACUGCUGCAUUCUGAAUCCUAUUGUUCUAGGACUAAUCAGACUGCUGCAUUUUGAAUCCUAUUGUUCUAGGACCAAUCAGACUGCUGCAUUUUGGAUCCUAUUCAACUCAGUACAUAACAGUUAUCCUCCUCUCUGUCUGUGUUCUGAUAGCAGCCAAAGCAACCUUGAGUAUCCUCAAUGAGGCACAGUGCUCCUGAAGUUUCAGAAGCUCUGCUCUCAAGACUUCUGGAGUAAACAACAGUGCAAGCAGAGUCUGACUGCCUACGGCAAACAGCAAGAUGGCAUCCCAUCUCAUUGACUCCCCACAUAUUUGAAGCUGGCUGGUGUUGAAUCUCCAGCAUUGGUGAAAUCAUCCCUUGUGAUGGUAGUUCAGAGGUAAGACGCCUGGCAUACACAGUUCAGCCUUCCAGCUCCUUAGCAUCAGUCUCCAUCCUCCAGCAUCUGAGGCACCUACCUCACUCUUGUCUAAUAGUAGGGGUUGGCCCUGAUUACAUACCAUCCAACUUGGGGAGACCCAAAACCGGGACGCUGGUCUUCCGGGAUACGCUUCCAGGUGAAUCACACAACCCACAUCUUGCUCUCGCCCCCCAUCAACAGUUGGGGGGGUUCGUGAGAGUGUGGUGCAAGUGAGAGUGAGAGGGACCCAAAAUGGCUGUGGCAAUCUAGCACAAAAAAACCAGGAGGUCCUGGUUUUUUCCUGGGGCACUUGGUAGGUGUGUGAUUUGAAGUUGUAACAGGAGAUAUACAGUGGUGCCUCGCAAGACGAAAUUAAUCCAUUCCGCGAGUGUCUUCGUCUAGCGGUUUUUUCGUCUUGCGAAGCAACCCUAUUAGCGGCUUAACGGAUUUGUGCUAUUAGCGGUUUAGCGGCUAUUACAGGCUUACAGGCUGAGCGGAUGAGCUGCUAAAAGGCUAUAAAGGGCUUAGCUUAGAUAAAGGGGGAAGCCAUGAAAAAAAAUCUCAAGACUCGCAAGACAUUUUCGGCUCAUGGGCAAGCCCAUAGGGAAUCCGUCCAUGUAGAAACUCAAAAACGGAAAACCCUUUCGUCUAGCGGGUUUUCCGUCUUGCGAGGCAUUCGUCUUGCGGGGCACCACUGUAUUGAGAGACUAUCAUCCCAGAAAGUGUGCACAGGAAAGCCACAGCUAUUUAAGGAAGUAAGGAAGGUGGGAAUGUACAGUGGUACCUCGGGUUACAUAUGCUUCAGGUUACAUACACUUCAGGUUACAGACUCCACUAACCCAGAAAUAGUGCUUCAGGUUAAGAACUUUGCUUCAGGAUGAGAACAGAAAUCGUGCUCCGGCGGCGCAGCAGCAGCAGGAGGCCCCAUUAGCUAAAGUGGUGCUUCAGGUUAAGAACAGUUUCAGGUUAAGUACGGACCUCCGGAACAAAUUAAGUACUUAACCCGAGGUACCACUGUACUGGUCAACUGUUUGUCAGGAAAGAGAGAACGAGGGUGAGCAGAUGCAGCCCUCCACUCGCCCUACUCCAGAACAGCUGAUCAGUGGGGCCCUUUCACAAACAUUGCUUUGUGCGUGCCAUCCUGGGGAGGGGGGGUCGUGCAUGCAAAUACCACCCCCAGUUAGGGUGCACGCAUGGAGCUCUGCUCCUCUGCUGCUAAUUCCCUCUUGCCAUCCCCUCUUUAAUUGCUAUUGCAUCUCUUCAACAUACCUAAGUUCAAAGCUGAAGUUUGCUUUUGAAAGAUCUUAUCCAACGUUUUCAAGGAAUAAGUUAUCACGAGCACAGAUCUGCAGAAAAAACAGAGGGACAUGGGGAGGUGCUUUAGAGCAGGUUGGGCUAUUUUUCCAUCUAGUCCAAGGUUGCCUGUUCUGAACGGUAGGAGCUUUCCCGGCCUCAAGCAGAAGUCGUUUCCUUCUCCUGCCACCUGAUAAUUUUAAUGAGUAAUGCCUUGCCUCUUUCUUCCCCCUCUCCUUGCUGCCAGCCACAUGUUUAAUUAGGGCUUAACCCCUGAUAAACAUGUGCUUGGGAGGCCUUGCACAACCCUACUUGUUAGUGAAAAUAAUGUAGGAAAAAGCAUUAGGUCAGGGAAAUUUGCUUGCAAAAAUGCAUGCAUUAGACAAAAUUAUGUGCAAAAAUACAGUGGUACCUCAGGUUACAAACACCUCGGGUUACAAACACUUUGGGUUACAGACUUCGCUAACCCGGAAGCAGUACCUUGGGUUAAGAACUUUGCCCCAGGAUGGGAACAGAAAUUGCGCAGCAGCGGGAGGCCCCAUUAGCUAAAGUGGUACCUCAGGUUCAGGAUGGUUUCAGGUUAUUAACGGACCUCCGGCACGAACUAAAUUUGUAACCAGAGGUACCACUGUAUGUAUAUUUGGUGAAAUGAACAUGGGAAUAUGUAUAAAUUAAAACAUUUGCAAGCUGUUGAGGAAAUGGGGACAACUGAACUUAACAUUGAUAAAAUUACCAACUGAGGGAACCCAAAAUUGGCAUAUUCAUCCAUACCUAACAAGUCGAAUGGGGACAUAGAAAAAAGUGAGGUUUUCUUCUUGUAAGAACUCCAGGAUAAGGGAUGGGGGAGGGAAGCAUGGGGCAUAUUAAGAAAUGAUCAUAACCCUCACAGUCAAUGCAGUCUUGCCCAUUUCGUCAUUGGUUCAAGUGAUAUAGUACUUGGGGGCCUCCAUUAAGUCAGGACUGAAGUGCCAUAUUCACAUAUUACUUCAUCUUCCCUGCUUUAUAUCUCAGAAGAAACAUUUCCCUCUCUUUUUAAAAGUACAUUAUUAUUUUUGCUGUUUGAUAAAAGAGGCCAAUAUACAUUAUGAUAUGUUGAUGAGGCAGCGGCGAUACAAAUUCAGCACUUUUAAGAAUUGACAUGCCAUUCCAAAAUCACACACACAGAAAAAGGUUUCAAAUGGCUGUGCUUACUUUCCAGAGCAAGUUGAGGGUUCCCCCCUCCCCCCCUUUUUCCAAAUGAAGACUUGAUGGCUGCAAUUUGAUUAUUAACAGAGAAAAGAGCGCAGAUGGAAGUGAUAUUUAAAUUUCAGCAUGUGUUGAUAUUGCAUGGGGUGGGGAGGGAGAUGAGGAAAAAAUGUUUAGUGGACGGUUUUAGCAAUAUUGCCAGUUCUGUUUAUUUAUCCCAUGUCAAGGAUGCAGUAGAAAUGGUUACAAAAAGAUUGCAGUAGGCGUGUUCCCUGGUCCAUUAAGGGGAACAUUAACUCCAGCGGUACAUGCCAGCUAAUGUGCUGCAAAACCACCCAGCGUCUCUGCCACCAAAGGAAAUCUCCUUAGCCCAAACAGCCUAUUACAAGCGCAGCCUGUAUGAAGAGUGCUUGCACCAGCGGCCCUCCAGUCUCUAAAUGCACCCAGGGAAUUGGUUCAGUGUUGUGGACCCACCUACCCCAUAGCCCCCCCUCCACCCACUGGUGCCUCCCCCAAAUCAGUCAAUAGCUCAGUUUAUUCCAGGUUCAACCUUGGAUCAAAUCUAUGCUUCCAGGUGUCAUAAGAAAGCUGCAGAUAUGGUGCAGGAUAGUGCGCACCCUGGAAAUGAUCUCUUUCAUCUUCUGCCUUCUUGAAGAAAGGGAAAGGGACCCCUGACCAUUAGGUCCAGUCGUGGCCAACUCUGAGGUUGCGGUGCUCAUCUUGCUUUAUUGGCUGAGGGAGCCGGCGUACAGCUUCUGGGUCAUAUGGCCAGCAUGACUAAGCCGCUUCUGGCAAACCAGAGCAGCACACGGAAACGCCGUUUACCUUCCCGCUGGAGCGGUACCUAUUUAUCUACUUGCACUUUGAUGUGCUUUCGAACUGCUAGGUUGGCAGGAGCAGGGAAGGUACAGGGUUAUAAAGACUAGGACUAGCCGCCUGAGAAACAGUUUCUAUCCAAAUGCGAUCUUGGCUGGGAUAGAUAGGAUAGCAGGCUUGUUGGUUUUUGAAUGUCUGAUGUAGAUUUUUUUCAAUUUCGUUGUUCUGUAUGAGAAAAUGACAAUAAAAAUUAUCAUAUCGUAUCAUAUUGAUCAGGUUGGACCUCAUCAGACCCUGGUUGAUGUCAGUGGGAGCCAGAUGGGAACCCACCCCUCCAUCAAUCCCUUCGGCGCCUGUCAGAGCAUCCAAGUUGCCAGGCUUGCAAAUGCCAAAGAGAAAAGAAGGGAGUCUUCCAUAUUUUUCUCCCUGCCACUGGCAGUGGGAAGCAGCAAAGGAAAGAAGGGGGUAGAUGAGAGGAAGGGCUUUGCUUCUACUUCAGCUGAGAUUUAUCAGGGCUAGCCAAGCCAAGAAGAGCCUCUGGGUUGGCUCAGGUGGGUCAAGAGGAGUUGCAAAUUGCAUCCACUCCGGUGCUGCUUCCGUUGGCUGCCCACAGCAGCUAAUCUCCUCCUGCCCCUGCUCCUUGCAGGCCCCAUUGCUGUAGACUGCCUGCAUAGCCCCUAUCCAAGAGAGAAAUUGGGGGUGCAAGGGGUUCUCCAAGGCAAUCUCGUUUGCAUAUGAGGUGGCUGCACCAUCCAGGCUGGGAAGAGUGAGCAUCAGGGACUGUAAGUCCACUAGUGGCGGGUGUGUGGGUAUUAGUGGAAGAUGCCGAGGCAGCGGGAGUUGCAGCCAGGUGGGAAAUGUUGGUCCUCCAUAAGCGGCAAAAUGUACUGGGCUGAUGAUCAGGCCACUGUGCUUGCCUCAUAUCUGAAGCAAGCAUUAUGAGCCACUGGGAUUAAGACGAUUUGGUUCAUAUCUAAGAAAUCUGCACAUCUGAGCAUGCAAAGUUUGAAUGUGGCCAACCCACAUACCAUGAGGGUCACUCUGAUGACGGGCAGAUGCCCUCCAGUUGAGUGUAGCCAAUGCCAAACUCUGGUUGCCUCUCUGCGAUGUGUAGGACUGCUGGCCACCCCAAGAUUUAACUGCAAACCUGUGGACAUUUAUUGUAAUUAUUAAAUUUCUAUGCUGCCCUUCUUCCCAAAGCAAGCCCAGGGCAGCAGACAACAAAAUGAUACAAAGAAGAAGAAGAAAAGCCAUUCAAAACAUCUGGAAAUAUUUUCAAACAAUCAAAUCUCAUCUUUGUCUUGGAUUUAUUAAUUGCCUUUUCAAUCCUAUAAGAUCAUUAAAACACAGAAAUGAAAGUGGGGGGAAAUUGUGACAGUCUCGGAAGGGUCUAUGACUCUGCAGAUCCUCUAUAGGUUUUGCCCCAGCUACUGGCACAGCAAAUGCCGACCCUCGUGAAUAAGAGGCGUGGGAUGUAAUUUGAUCUUCUCCAAUCCAUUCAGUACCCAGGCUGCUUUGUGGGGACUGGUGUUGGGGCUGCCAACAAGCACACUGAUGCCAAUUGUGACAGUUGUUUAUGUGAGAGGGGACAUCUGUCUACAGAGAAAUCUGGAGUGGGAUGACAAAAUUAUAUCCUGCAGGCCACGGAGGUGGUCAUCCGAUAGCAAUAUAAUAAGUCCUUCCUAUUAUUGGCUUAGUUCUGAUGUGACCCAUUGCCCUGUUACAGCGUAGAGAAAGUUCUGUCCUCUAUAAAGUUGUCAUAGCAAAGUUAUUUUUCACGAACAGGAAAAGCUUUCUCUUCACUGACAGAUGGAUAGCUGUCAACAGUAUCUUGCUUCUCUAUGUUUUUCAUCUAUUAUGAAGUACAGCCAUGAGUAAAUGCAUAAAAAGAUGCUAUACCAUAAAUUCCACCAUUAACGCACACAUACACACACACCAAAAAAACCCCUCUGCAUUUGUUCGUGUUCUGGAUGUGAAUUCUGUGGUACUGAUUUGCUUUCAUGAUCAUGGAUUCUGGAAGUCCUUUCAGAAGCUAUUAACAGUAGCCACCCUGAACCAAUAAAUUCUUAUUCCAGAGGGCACUUCAGGUUUGAUAGGGAAGGGCAUAUUUAUUUAUUAAAAUAGUUUGACCCCCCCAUCUCUUAGUUAAAAGUUCUCAACCACACUAACUGUCCCCCAACAAACAUUGAAAACAGUGAAAUGAUCUAGCGCUGUUCUCACACACAUAAAUUAUAUAUCUGAGCAUUAGUAGACACAAGGUUUUAUCAGUAUUUAGAUAGAUGAUAGAUAGAUGAUAGAUAGAUAGAUAGAUAGAUAGAUAGAUAGAUAGAUAGAGUGGUACCUCAGGUUAAGAACUUAAUUUGUUCUGGAGGUCUGUUCUUAACCUGAAACUGUUCUUAACCUGAGGUACCACUUUAGCUAAUGGGGCCUCCCUCUGCUGCUGCGCCGCUGCCGCACAAUUUUUGUUCUCACCCUGAAGCAAAGUUCUUAACUCGAGGUACUAUUUCUGGGUUAGCGGAGUUUGUAACCUGAAGCGUCUGUAACCUGAAGCGUCUGUAACCUGAGGUACCACUGUAGAUAGAUAGAUGUGUGUAUAUGCAGGACAUCUUUUGCACUUGAUCUGGAAGCUGUAGUUAGUACAGAAUGCUGCGGCACAAUUGCUGACAGGAGUGAGACCCUGUCAGCAUAUUACACCCCUGUUCGAAGACCUCUGCUUGCGGCUGCUUUACCAGACCAAUUUCAUGGUGUUGCUACUAGCAUAUAAAGCCCUCCACAGCUCGGGACCAGUUUGCUUGACGGAUCGCCUUAUCGCAUAUGUGCCCAUUUGACCGCUUCAAUUUGCGGAACUGCCACUUUUGCAAAUGCCAAAGCAUGUUUGUUCUGCUCUUGCAAGAAAUUGAUCCUUUAGUGUGGUGGCAGCGCCUAUUCCUUGGAACUGCAUAUAAAUAGCAGGCAGGUGACAUUACUGUCCUCUUUUCCACACCUGCUAAAAUCUUCUUUGUUUGGGCAAACCUCUCCAGACAUGUAAUCUUACUUAUAUUCGCUUUUAAAACUGUUGGUUUCAUCCAUAACUUGUUUGUUCGUAUUAUAGCUACUUUUAAAAAAUAAAGUUUGAUUUUAUCCAUACCUUUAAAUGAGUAUUUUAUAUUAGUUUAUGUAAACUGCUCAGGGUUUUUAUUAUCAUUAAGCAGUAUAUAAACCUUGUUAAAUACAGCAAACAAAUGCAAAUAGUACUAUAGAUGUAUUUGCAAUUUUGCAAUUAAUAUUAGUUUUUAAAAGGAUUUCAAAUAACCUUGGUAGGAGCAAGAGGCACAGCCAAGGCCUUUGCAAGAUCCUGUGCACACUUGCCAUGGAGUAAUGGAUGGCUCAGUUGGUUAGAGUGUAUUGCUGGUCGUGCCAAGGUUGCAGGUUCGAUCCCCAUAUGGGGCAGCUGCACAUUCCUGCACUGCAUGGGGUUGGACUAGAUAAUCCUCCAGGUCCUUUCCAAUUCUAAGGCCCUUGGAACACAGGAGGACUUCCUCCUGAGGUAUCAUGAAAACAAGGUUGUCUUCUUGUUGUUGUUUAGUCUUGUCCGACUCUUCAUGACCCCAUGGACCAGGGCACGCCAGGCACUCCUGUCUUCCACUGCCUCCCGCAGUUUGUUCAAACUCAUGCUGGUAGCUUUGAGAACACUGUCCAACCAUCUCGUCCUCUGUCGUCCCCUUCUCCUUGUGCCCUCCAUCUUUUCCAACAUCAAGGUCUUUUCCAGGGAGUCUUCUCUUCUCAUGAGGUGGCCAAAGUAUUGGAGCCUUGGCUUCAGGACCUGUCCUUCCAGUGAGCACUCAGGGCUGAUUUCCUUCAGAAUGGAGAGGUUUGAUCUUCUUGCAGUCCAUGGGACUCUCAAGAGUCUCCUCUAGCACCAUAAUUCAAAAGCAUCAAUUCUUUGGCGAUCAGCCUUCUUGAUGGUCCAGCUCUCACUUCCAUACAUCACUACUGGGAAAACCAUAGCUUUAACUAUACAGACCUUUGUUGGCAAGGUGAUGUCUCUGCUUUUUAAGAUGCUGUCUAGGUUGUCCUACACCGUGCUAAAAAGAAACGCCGAUACAAAAACCACCUCACUGUAUUUCAGGAGCCAUUGUUUGAUACCUUUCAUGCCUUGUAAUAGCUAAAGACGAAGACAUUCCCGAGAAAUAAUUAGAUGUAGUCGGAAACCCAGGGAGGCUGCUUCUCCACCCCACCCCAACAACCGGAGUAUACACGUCCCAUGACUUCUUGGUUACUACAGAACAUCCUUGGAAAUUAAACCCCUUUGAAGAAAGCUGUGUUUGAUAUCUUGGCUACAAUUCUUACUAUGCGAGCGGCCUUUGUCCAUGCUUCUGCAGUUAUGUUUAAAGCAAAAGAGCUCUGCUGAGAUCAAAGCAACAUGUGUGCGUAGGUAGAUAUAAUCAAGUCUAGCCACAGAGGUGUUGACACCAACAAUGGCUAAAGGCUCAAGGAAAGGUAGUGUUACCCUACAAUGUGAGCAUGCUGUCUGCAUCGUAUGCAUGUACCAUUUUGUCCUCUUCAGAGAGGAGAAAGAUGACAGUGUCCUCUGGACACGGACACUAAUAAAGUGUUGGUGCUGACCUUUAAAGCCCUAAACGGCCUCGGUCCAGUAUAUCUGAAGGAGCAUCUCCACCCCUAUCAUUCUACCCAGACACUGCGGUCCAGCGCCGAGGGCCUUCUGGUGGUUCCCUCACUGUGAGAAGCCAAGUUACAGGGAACCAGGCAGAGGGCCUUCUCGGUAGUGACACCCGCCCUGUGGAAUGACCUCCCAUCAGGUGUCAAAGAGAACAACUACUACCAGACUUUUAGAAGGCAACUGAAGGCAGCCCUGUUUAGGGAAGCUUUUAAUGUUUGAUGCAUUACUGUAUUUUAAUAUUUUGUUGGAAGCCGCCCUGAGUGGCUGGGGAAGCCCAGCCAGAUGGGCGGGAUAUAAAUAAUAAAUUAUUAUUAUUAUUAUUAUUAUUAUUAUUAUUAUUAUUAUUAUUUGCCUGUAUAUGCCACCCCUCUGACUGGGUUGCCCCAGGCACUCUUGAUAGCUUCCAACUAUUAUAAAACCACAGUAGAACAUUGAACAUUAAAAGCUUCCUGAUACAGGGCUGCCUUCAGAUGUCUUCUAAAAGUCACAUAGUUGUUUAUUUCCUUGACAUCUGAUGGAAGGGCGUUCCACAGGGCGGGCACCACAACCAAGAAGGCCCUCUGCGUGGUUCCCUGUAACUUCACUUCUUACGGUGAGGGGACUGCCAGAAGGCCUUCAGAGCUGGACCUCAAAGUCUGAGGCUGAACGCUGGAGUUGGAGACACUUCUUCAAGUAUACUGGGUUGAGGCUGUUUAGGGCAUAAAGGUCAGCACAUUGCUGAAGCUAAGUGGACCUCAGCCUACUUGGAUGGGAAGCUGCAUUUGAAUUCAAUAUUUAUUGCUUGAAUAUAUUUGUAUCACACUCUUCCUCUCAAAGGAGCCUAGGGAAGCAAACACAUCAGGGUUCGAGCAAUGCAAUAAUUAUUAUUCAAAAUGUUUAAAACAUUUAGAUGCCUAAUAUAUAAGCCACCUUGGGUUUGGACAGGGCUGUAGCUCAAUGACAGAGCAGCUGUUUUGCAUGCAGAAGUUCAAUUUCCAGCAUCUCAAGGGAGGGCUUGGAGAAAGAUUCCCUGUCUGAAACCCUGGAGAGUCAAUGCCAGUCUGUGCAGUGUAGACUAGACAGAGCAAAGGUCUGAUUGCGUAUAAGACACCUCCCUAUUGUAAUAAACCAAGUUCUUGACAGCCUCUGCAGGGCAACCGAUUUGUGGGGCAAAAGUAUUAGCAGUUCUCAGUCUUUUUUAAAAUUUCUACAGAGAAGCACCCGUUCCCCCUCCCUUUAUUUUUGUGGUACAGUAUCAAUCUUGCCAUCUCCAUGCUUUAGGUUGGGGUGGGAGUAGGAUGGGGAGCGGGAAAUAGUAUUAUAAUUCUGUCAAAAAAAAUGAAACACUUCAAUACGUGAUUGGCAGGUUGAUUACAAUAAUGCAUGUGAUUAAACUCUUAGCGUGCCUGUCUAAAGAAUGAGAGAAUGUCAGUGGUGAUUAACAGUAUUUUUGUUAACUCUCAGUGCGUUAACUUUUUGAGCUUGCAUUGCCUGUGCAGGAGAACCAACGGGACAUCUGAUGAUGAGUUUUUCGGAGGUUGGGUGUCUUUUGUUUACCUUUUCCUUUUAAUAUAAAAAAGAAGCAGCCAGGAAAGGAGAUUGGUAAUCAGGGAAUCAAUGAAUAAAAAAUCAAAAUUCCUUCUUUAUAUGCCAUGUAAACUACCAGGCAAAUAUCCUAGUACGAAGUUCCUUGCAUCCUCUACUUGUUGCUAUUGCUCCUGACACAAUGUACUUUUCAGGAUAUCAUGGGACUUCUUGGCGUCUGCUCCUAGACUGUGGAACUCCCUUCCACCAGAGGUUAGGCGAAACCCCUCUCUGCUUUCCUUUUUCUGAUAGGCAGAGUAUUUUGUUCUGACAGGGUCUUCUGAGGGUGGAUGUGUAAAUGGCUUUAAGUGUUUUCAGUGCUGUUUUUAAUGGAGUUGCUCAGUGCUUUUUUUCUAGAAAAAUGUGUGUAAGUAAGUGCCACACUUUUCAACAAUGAAAAAAGAGGUGCCAGUAUUCCGUACCCUGAAAAAAAAAGCACUGGGGUUGAUUACUGUCUGUUCAUUUGUUUUAAAAUGUUUGUGUACAUAUAAAAACUUGGGGAGGUAGCCCAUCUAGGAGAAGGAAAACUCUUAUCCUAAACCUCCGCUGCCUUGCAGGACAUCUUCAGGAAAAGAAAACGCUAAGGAGUAACCCUACAUAAAUCCAGAGUGGUGUCUCUAAGACGGUUGGGUGGUGACUUGUACUCCUCCUUCCAGCAACUCCUGCAGCCAAAUGUAUUGCUUUCCUUUCUUUUGGACCACAACAGCGAGGCUGAGAGGGGGGUCUUGUUGUCUGGGCAGCCCAGGACCUCCAUACACACUGGCCAGGGUUGCAUCCUUCCACCAGCAUGGUCAUGGUCUGGUGGCAUGGGGUGGCCACUUAUAUAUAUCACCAAAAAAAAAAAAGCAAAAGAUGAUACAGAUUGGGUUAAAACUGGAAUAUGAUGAACAGGUGCAAAUUUAGAAAUAAUCACUCUAAUUUAAAUAAAAAUACUGGCCUGUGCGGCAGCCGUUGCUGGGCAAUUUAAAUGCCAACUACUUCCGUCUCUGGUGUUUCUUUAUCAUUGAACUGACCCGGUACAAUGCUGCUUCCUAUCUUCCAGCCCUGACAGACUGCUCAGUAUUCCUCUCCUAUUUCCAAAGUUCCAGAUGCAACAAAAUUAGGAUAUUGAGCAAGCCCCAGAUGUAGCACCUUACAUGGCUGCUGGGUCAUAAACUCAGCAGACCUAACCCAACUUGCUGGUAGGAACUAAGGAUGGGCAAAUCUGCCAGUUAUGCUUUCUCUGUUUAUUUUUUCAAUCUUCAACUUGAUCACCCACUUUUCCACAUCACUUAGCAUAUAUAGUGGUACCUCGGGUUACAGACGCUUCAGGUUACAGAUUCCGCUAACCCAGAAAUAGUACCUCGGGUUAAGAACUUUGCUUCAGGAUAAGAACAGAAAUUGCGCGGCGGCAGUGUGAGGCCCCAUUAGCUAAAGUGGUACCUCAGCUUAAGAACAGUUUCAGGUUAAGAACGGACCUCCAGAACGAAUUAAGUUCUUAACCUGAGGUACCACUAUAUAUGUGUGUAUGUGUCCUCAUGAAAACUCACCCCCAAUACACACAUUUUUAAUGCAAAUUUGCCUAAUGCACACAUUUAACAAAGCAAUCCCACAAUAUAAUGCAUUUGUGCGUGUGUGUGUUAUUUUCAGUAACAUAUACAUUCUUAUGCACACUUUAACCCAAUAUAUUCAAAUUUGACUGGAGAACGGAGUGGCAAAAUUAGGAGCAUUUCAUAUUUUGAAGGACAGCUGUCGUUGGGUUUGCCUAUUUUUGGAAAUUGCAAAUUAGGUACGCUCAACCUUUAAGUGUAGACGUUAUCAAGUUUCUUCCUCAUCCCUAAUAGGAAUUCACUCUAGCCUUUCAGCCCCGCAGUGGCUGAGGUUGUGCCUAUUAGUAGUAUUAGUAGCAAAUGAGGAUUUAAAAAUACAUAUACCUUCCACCUCACUGCAUUGUGCCUGUUCCUAAUUACCUCAGGAAAUCACUCUUUGAUCAGCAAAGCUUCUAUCACUAAAGGCCAAACUCACUUCAUUCAAGAGCUUUACGUCCUCCCGGCAACAGAGUAAUAAAUAAGGAGUUUAUAGAUUCUGGGGUUCUUGUUUUUAAAUAGCAUGUAUUAAGAACACCGCUAGCAUUUAAUACAGUGAUGUUUCGAGGUAUGCUAAUAGCCACAAGAAAAUUUUCAAACCUCCAUAAUGUGCUUUAAUCACCGGCUGGAGAUCAAAACCCACCAUGUGGUUUUAUACAGCCUGGGCACCUUCCAGGAUUGCCUUACAUGGAAACAGAUCAAUGGCAAAAUUGGUAGAUACUGCAAAGCUUUUGCAAUAAAAGCUUUUUAUGUAUCUCGUUCAAAGCAUGUAAGUGCCUUUUAGAUCACUGAUUGAACUGUAGACAGUAUAAAGUGGAACCUUUUAAUACUAAAAUAAAUUUCCAGAGUAAAAAUUCCAUUAUAGGGAAAAGUGUUUUUGCUGCAGCGGGAUAGAUAAUAAUUCUUUCACACGUAAUGGGAUUCAUGAAAUGUUUGAUGAUAAACAGAAGUCCUUUGUACAGCCAUAGCAAGACUGUACCGUUUGUGGGGGCCUCUAUUAGGUAUAUGAUGGGUGGCAUCGCAUGCUAUAUUCCAGAAGGUGAUUAGAAGGAAGGCCUAAUGAUGGGCCAGGUAAAAGGGUAAAAAGCACUCUCAUCAACAAAAAAAUUGGGGCGAUAAAAUAAAUAAGCAUAACCACUUUGAAAGUCACAAGAAUCCUUUAAUUUGGAUUGAUGUCAUUCAGCAACAACAAAAUAAUUUCCCAGGCUUGGCACACUUUAAGAGACUCCCAAGUUGAACUUACUGAAGUGAAUCGUUCAUCCGCCUCCUGAUAUCACCGGGAAAAAUAUUGUUGGCCUGCUUCCCGUAUAACUUUUUGCAACCACAAUGAAUAUUUUCAACCCUCUCUCCCACAAAUGAUUCUGCACUUCCAGGGAUACAGAUGUGUGAAAAGGUUAUAAAGGCACGUUUGCAACCAGCAGCGCUGCGUCUGCGCAUGUGCAAGUUGCGAUUCGGCGCUUCUGCGCAUAGCGUAAUUUAGUGCUUCUGCGCAUGCGCCAAAACCCAGAAGUAACCCAUUCCGGUACUUCCGGAUUUCGGUGUGUCCAUAUCCUGAAACCUCGCAACCUGAAGCAUCUGUAACCCGAGGUAUGACUGUAUUGAAACCAGAAAGUGGGAAUAUAUAUAAAGCCCUCUUGGAGAGGGCUCACAUCAGCAGCCAGCACCCUUGGGCACCUGCUGAAGGCCCUCUGCUUCUGACACAUGGGGUCCUCUUUCCUGGAACUCCUCCAGUGAUUGCCAGGCAGUCGCCACUCUAACUGCUCACAGUAACCCCAGAGCACCUUACGAACAGUGCAGAGAUAAAUAGAAGGGUUGUCCACUGACGUAGGGGACACAGUGGUUCUCAAACUCUUUUCCCUGGGCCACACUUUCAGACCCUCCAAGUCUUCCUAUCUUCCAAGGACAGUCCUGGAUUUACAGAAGCCGUCCCGGUUUCUGAUUUGAUCCCCAAAUGUCCCACUUUCUCCCAGGAUGUCCCCAUUUUCAAUGGAGAAAUGUUGGAGGGUAUGGUAGGACGUCCCUGUCUUCAUCAGAGAAACGGCAGAAGAUAUGCACUUUCAGAAUAAAAAUUUUCUCGUGCCACACUGAAUUUUUUUUUAUCGAUAAGAAAUACAUUGGAAAACAAAAAGAAACAACUCCUAGCAGUCCUUGAACUGCAACAUAGAACACAACUACUUUAUAAUAUGAUCAUGGGACAUCAAGAAAGUAUGAAACAACGCAGCUACAUAAGAACUGGAAUCAUUCCCAAAAUAUAAGCUGUUAAUUAUACAAUGGUGUCAGCAAUGCUCAGUAAAUGAUCAACAGUCUGCUGCUGUAAAAGGUUAAGGUGUGUCUCUUAUAUAUAAUUGUAAUUUUUGCAUCUCAUAAUUUUCUGCUUCAUAUACAUGCCAACUAAUAUUUCAUUUAAUAUAAUAAUAUAAUAAUAAUUUGUUAUUUAUACCCCGCCCAUCUGGCUGGGCCUCCCCAGCCACCCUGGGUGGCUUCCAACAAAAUAUUAAAAUACAGUAGUCCGUAGAUAUUAAAAACUUCCCUAAACAGGGCUGCCUUCAGAUGUCUUCUAAAAGUCUGGUAGUAGUUGUUCUCUUGGACAUCUGGUGGGAGGGCGUUCCACAGGGCGGGUGCCACUGAGAAGGCUCUCUGCCUGGUUCCCUGUAACUUGGCUUCUCGCAGUGAGGGAACCGCCAGAAGGCCCUCGGCGCUGGACCUCAGUGUCCAGGUACAACGAUGGGGGUGGAGAUGCUCCUUCAGAUUACUGGACUGAGGCUGUUUAGGGCUUUAAAGGUCAGCACCAACACUUCAUGCAUCUGACAAAGCGAGCUUGACCUCUGGAAAAGUUAUGCCAGAAUAAAUUUGAUAGACUUUAAAGUGCCACAAUACUAUUUUGUUAUAUAUGCUUAACAUUGAACUAAGAAUGGAAGGAGAGUUUGCUGGAUCAGGCCAGUGGCCCAUUUAGUCCAGCAUCCUCUUCUCACAGUGGCCAACCAGAUGCAUGAGAGAAACCAGCAAGCAGAACCUAAGCACAAGAGCACUCUGUGGUUCCAGCAACUAGUAUUCGGAAGCAUUGAGGAUAGCCAUCAUGGCUAGUAGACCUUGACCACACUCUCCUCUAUGAAUUUGUACCAUAUCCUCUUUUAAAGCCAUCUAAGUGGGGGAGUGAGAUUCAUAGUUUAACUGUGUGCUGUGUGAAGCAGUCUUUUCUUUUCUCCAUCCUGACUCUUCAAAGUUCAGCUUCAUAGGAUAUCCAUGAGUUCAAGUGUUACGAGAGAGGGACAACAUAUCUCCUCUAUCCGUUUCUCCAUGUCAUGCAUAAUUUUCAAAAACUUCUACCAUGUUACUCACCUUUUCUCUAAACCAAAGUCCCAAAUGUUGCAGUAGUAUUUUCCUUAGGGUUGCUCUAUAAGUUCUUGUUCUAAGAGAUUUGCUGUUCGCUGACCACUGAUGCACUUUCUCCCAUUUCUGCACUGACUGAAAUGAGUUUGCGCACACAGUUCUGCCUACCUAGAAAGUAUGAACAAGCUCAUUCCAUGAAUAUGCAUUCUACUUAUUUUGCAUGAAGCUCUCGCCAAUCUACUAUUGCAAUUUUUUUAUUUUGAAAAAAUGCAAACGGCAGCUAAUCCUAAACAAGCGGAUUGCCUAGCCCUUUCUCAACCCAUCACAUGAUUUGCAUAAUAAGUCACCCAGAACUGGGGUACUGGCCUACUGAGUAUUAUUAUUAUAUAAUAUAAUUAUAUUAUAUAAGAAUAAUAAUACCCCACCUUUUCUUCUGAGGGGACUCAUGGCGGCUUACGGGGGGGGGGAAGACCCACUAAGACAUAAUUAAAUCAGGGGGAAUCAUUAAAACAACAAUAACCACAAUUCAACAUAUAUAACAUCUACCAGUGCAUGUACUGUAGGUUAAAAUACAGUAUUGUACAUUCAAACUUAGCACUGGCUCCCCUCUUCAAAGGCGCAUGCGCGAGAGGAGGAGUUGGUGGGGUGGGAAGAAGCGAGAAACGGCGGCGCGCCGUUCCUAGGCGGGAAAUAAAACUACACUUCCCAGAAUGCAUCGCAGCACGCGGGUGGCGUCGGGGAGAGAGAGAGAGAGAGAGAGAAAGGAGGCCGUUUACCUUGCGACGGCGGCCGAAGAGGGGCAAACGUUACAAUAAAAGAAGCCUCGUCGCUUUCGGGCGGGAGGGCGCGUGGAUUAAUUAACCAAUGAGGUGCCGCGUCGCGCGGGGGCGGGAAAGAGAGGAAGCCGAGCGCUGGACUUUGACAGGGAAGCGGAGAGAGCGAGAGACUCGCGGCGGGAAUUUCAGAGCGGGCGGAAGGAAGCGAGCGAGCGAGCAGAGGAGGGAAGCAGGGAGGUAUAUUAACAGAAGUAAAAACAAAAGUAAGGAAAGGCCGUUGCUGCAGCCUGAGGGGAGGCAGGCGCCUGUGAGGGGGGCGAGGCGAGCUUAGGCCGCCGCGGGCCCAGGCUGCUGGCUCCUCUCUUCGCGCCCCCCUCAGCAGUCCCAGCUGCACAGUGUAAAUAACGAUGACGAUAAUAAUAAUAAUAACAACAGCAGCCUCCAGGGUAGGGCUGGGAGGGCAACGCUGCUGAGGCGUAGUGAGGCGGGGUUGGACUAGAUGACCCUUGGGGUGCCCCUCCUGGUUCUACACGUGGGCUGGCAGGUUGCGGGGUAGGCGGAGCCACUCGGCAGGGGACUUCUGUGAGGCUUUCCCGAGGGGUGUUUGCAGAAGAAAGUAGGGAGUUUGGUGGCACAUUAUUAUUACUAAUUAAUAGAGAGUGGGCUAGAGUCACUUUUAUCAGAUACAAACGGGGAGAAGAAAGUGCGUCUGCAUCUCAUUCCAUUCCUUGCCCUCCUCCCCAUUAUUGAGAUUCCUUAAAAUCAUUAUAGCUGCGCUCAUUAUCCUUGGAGGUGCUGGAGGCAGCUUAGGUGGCUGUGUCUCUCUGCCGCCCAUUUCGUCCUCAAGGGAACCAUUGGGAGGGAGGCCUGUUCAGGAGAGAGGCAGGGAGUAAUAAUAAUAAUAAUAAUUUAUUAUUUAUACCCCGCCCUUCUGGCUGGGUUUCCCCAGCCACUCUAGGGCGGCUUCCAACAAAAAAAUAAAAAUACAAUAAAACAUCAGACAUUAAAAACUUCCCUAAACAGGGCUCAGGGCCGCUCAGUGUGUGGCUGGGUGCAACCCUAACCCCACUUGGCCUGGGUAUAACCCCCGUGGAAUUCAGUAAGAUUUCUUAUUAUCUAUUACAUUUCUUGUCAUUUUGUCUUGCCCAGGGAAACCCAAAGCAACUUUGCAACUAAAUAGAUGUGGUUAGGGCUGCACUGCAAGUGGGGAUGUUCACCUGGGGAUGGGGAGCCUCUGGCCCUCCAGAUGUUUAUGGACUACGGUUCCCAUCACCUCUGACCACGGCAUUGAGCAGAUGGGAGUGGCAAUCCGACACAUCUUGAAGGCUGCAGGUGACAAUCAGCCAAAACUGCACCAGCCACUGCACCGUGCUGGCUUUGGAGAUGGGGGAAGGGGGUUGUGUGCUCUUGCACACUUUAUCUCACACACAACCUUCGCCUGCUGGAGGCCUUUUCAUUAUCUCGCUUUGUAUUGAAGCCCAUUCCAAAGGGAAUUCCCUUUGGUGUAAAUGUGGCGGGUUGUAUUCCUGGUUUAUUUUCACACACACAGCUCAGGAUACUCCAGAUCAACAAGUUUUAAUACAAAACAAAGGCAUCGUAGUGGCAGAGUUUUUAGAGCUGUCAUGUUUCAACAGAAAUGCAAGAGAGCCAUGCUGAAUCUGUCCAAAAAGAUGCACACACUUUGACACUCUGCUUUUCACAGUGGGCAGUGAGAUGUCAUCUUGUAAUUUGUCCCAUUGUUUGCCCUUGGUAUCAGCUAUUUGGAAGGUACACUGCCCCUGAAUUUCGAUGUUCCAUUUAGCCAUCAUGAUGGACAGUACAGUGCUCUCACAAGGAAGUUCUGUAGUGUUCAAAAGGUCUUACUCUCUGGUGAGACUGUUUAGGAUUGUAGCUUAAUCUCUUCCGGAGUGGGAUCUAUGUUCGUCUUUUGCCACACAAGCAAAGCUUGGCAUCUUAAAGGUUCAUGUUUAUUACAGGGCAGUAUUUUGUGGGCUAGUGUUGAUCUGAUGAGGUGAACUGUAGUCCACAACAGCUUAUUAUGCCAUAAUUGAUUUAUAUUGUGCCUCUUAUCUUGCAAGACGUUUUAAAAAAUUGUAAACUAUCCUAUAUUCUUGGGUCUUGGAAAUCCAGGUUCACAGUUCUAUCCAUGAAGUACAGAGGGCUCUUCUAAUAAAUUGCUGUCUUCCUGCUAACCUACCUUGCAGACUUGCUGUGAGGCUAGAAUAGCAACAGUGUAGUCAUGUAACUGAAUAAAUUAAGUUAAAUAUAAACAAUUUGAGAAUAUAUGCUUAUGGGAUCUGCACUGACGAGUGACUGACAAGGAAGGAGAUUUUAGGAGUUGUAGAUACUUGAAUGUGAAAAGGUCAACCCAGUAUGCCGUAGCUGUGGAAAAGCAGAAUUAAAUUAUGUAUUAUUUAUAUGCAUUCAUAUAAUAAAGUGUCUUACUAUAACCAGGUGGAAGCUAUUUUUAGAAGUCAAUAUCCUGUAUAGGUUUCACUUGGUAGUUCUAGUGCUCUGAAUGAUUAGUGUUGUCACACCACUGAUGGAUCUCUAGCCCAGAGGACUGUCUACUCUGACUGGCAGGACUCUUUUUCUGCUGCCUGAUAUUCUUUGAAACUGGAAAUGUCAGGACUUGAACCUGGGACCUUCUGCAUGCAUUUCUUUUGUAUUUCUGCAUUACUAUUAUUUUGCUUUUGCACAUUCACAUAAAAUGCCUAAGACAAUCUCAAAAGCAAUUUGUCCCAUGUAAAAAUGUGUGUGGACUUUGUUUUGUACUUCCAUUUACCUGUUUUUAAUAAAGAGGAGGUGAAAUAGCUUAAUGGGAGUUUUGUUAAUGAGUUCUAAAUAAGGAUUUAUCAUAUAUUAUUAUGGGGUUUGUGGCAUAUAAACCCACAGAACCUGACAUUACAUGUCAUCUUCUGGUAACUCACUAAAAAAAAAAAAGUGUACUAAAGGCCUGAGAAGAAUUUUAUUCUGUGUACCACCCUGAGAUCUUAUGAUGAAGGGCGGUAUAUAAAUUUAAUAAAUAAUAGAUGUUAAUUGCUUUGGAAAUUAUCUGUUUCAACUCUGGUUGGCAUCCAUCUGUCAUUGGAGGAGUGCUCCUUUGGGGGUGAAGUCAAACGGUUGGAAAGUUGCAGCGCUGGCUAUGGCUGUAGAGACUGAUGUGGGAGAGACGUGUUUUGUUGUAGCUGGGGCAGAAGGCAUCCGGUUGUGCUGCUGCAGAUGUGCUAUGGCGUUUCUUCUCUGCACUCCUUCCAGUGGUCAUUCCUCCUCUGGUCACUGCUGGAUACACGACCUGCCUGCCUGUCUCCAGGCUCUGUGGUAGUCUGCAAGGGAUUGCAACAUAGCAGGGUUGAUGUUCGCAGCCUUCAUGUCACAUCCAUUGCCUGCUGUCCCUGGCACUUUAUAAGAGCUUCUGGGUACACAUGUCUUAAGCAGGAAAGAGGCAGGAAGCCUUGCUGCCUGGGCAAAGUACUCAUACUUUUUUGGUUCCAGCCGUUUGUAAAUUACUAAAGUAUCCAUACUCAUUUUUUCCCCUUUCUCCUAUUUGAUAAACAGUGCCCCCUCAUUUAAAUAAGAGGAGAAUCUAAUUUCUUUAUUUUUGAGGUUGGACAUGGGUGUUGUAUGUCCCCUGUUCCUUGGGUUUUCUUAGAAAAUUUCAUCUAUGCAGUACUUACAAACUUAGUAGCACUGCCUGAUCACUAAAAGGAAGCAACCUUGCUGAAAUAAACAGCAGUUUGUGGUGGAUUAGAGCACCACCAAAUGAGGAAGGACAUCAGCUGUUGAAUCAUUCUGUGUUCCCACACAGCAGAAACUUUGUGUUCAAAAUAAAUUAGAGGCAUGUUCAUUUUAGUUCUGUUCAGCAGGGAUGGAAACAUAUAAUAGGAAAUGGCUGCUAAGAAACGAAGUGUGCAGGGAGGGAGGGGGGAGAAAAAUUAAUGGCAGAUGCAAUGACACUGAACAGUCAUUCAUGCCCUAGUUAUGUCUAAGUUAGAUCAUUGUAACACACUGUUGAGGAAUAUAAUGGAGCAAAAAUGACUGUUGCCUAGUGAGAGGUGUUCCAAGUGCGCCACCUGAACAUUAUUUCAACUAUAAUACUAGCCCAUACUAUUUGCUUGUUCUUCUUGCUUCAAACAUAGCCAAAGAAAGAUUUAUUAUUAUUUUAAACCUCUCUUGCAAGCCUGAGUUCAUUCUGAGCUUUGGCCCACCUGACCUUCUCCUUGCAACUCUUGGCUACUCAUAUAUACUUUUACUUUGUGAUUUCUCCUUUCUAUUUCUUAUACCUUCUCUCCUUACAUCUCAGCUCAUCUGUAAGCUCCUUAUGCAGUCACACUGGUUUAUUUAGGUGCCUCCCACUUUUCUUUUUUGUUGGAAUUGUCUACCUUAGUAUUUCACCUUUAAGAAACUCCCAUCCGUCUUGGACUCCUUUCUCUUUGAGUAUUUCUGACCAUGGGAUUUCACCCAGUAGUUCCUUAAGCUUUUUGAAACCAGCAUUCUUAAAGUCUAGUUUCUAUGCCAUUCCUUCCCUCCAUUUUCAGGGUAGAAUAUAUCAUAAAUUACAGUAGUUUGCAUACUUUUUCUGUGUUCAGAAUUUGUUUUUUCACUAGAGAAGAAUCUAUUUUAGUUCGCAAAGUUACAGACCCUGGGCAACAAAGUCAUGACCUAGUUCCUCUGUAGCUCACGCAUCUUCAGACUCUUCUCACAAAAUCACGAGGACUACUUAACUUGCCUCUCUUCCCUGACCCCUUCACUUAAAUAAGAUUAAGAAGCAAGGCUGCUUUCAGAAUACAAACUCCAUGCAAGUGUCAAGUCGGCUAGAAAGCAAGUCAGAAGCCUUGUGACCUACACCUACCAAGGGGGUGCUUUAAGAAACUCCCAUCCAUCUUGGACUCCCUUCGCUUUUAUUUUUUCUCACUAUGAGAUCUUACCCCAAGUGUCCUUGAACUUUGAUAACUGAGGCUCUCCUGGUGAUCUUUCUUUCACCAUAUGGAGUAUGGUGGAUGGGAACAAAUGAUGGGCCCUUUUCAUAAUGCUGAACUUUUGUUCUGUGGCCAAAAUGUAGUUUCUCAGAAGAAACUGUAAUGCUUUAAAGUGGCCUAUGUAAUUUAUUUAUGACUGCGGUUACUGCUUUUUCUUUUAUGUUUCUAUUUAACAUUAGUUUGUUUUGAUUUUGUCAUUGUAAACUGCCGGGUGCAUUUUAUGGAAAGACAAGGAUAUUUUUAUAAACAAAUAAAAUAAUUAGAAUUGUGGUUCUUAUGCUUUCAUAAUGAGCCUAUUCUAGUACUGGUAUUGUAGGUUAUCAGGACCACCAGCACAGUUCCACUGCCUCCCUUCUCCAUGUUAUUUAUUCAUUUGUUAAUCACCUUUCAUCAGAAGAUGCCUGGGCAGUGUACAAAAGUGGGGAUAAAAACUAUCAUUUUCCUAAACUUUUGCACCUUGCAGACCACUAUAUAUAUACAUAUAUAUAUAUAUAUAUAUAUAUAUAGUGGUACCUCGGAUUAAGAACUUAAUUCGUUCCGGAGGUCUGUUCUUAACCUGAAACUGUUCUUAACCUGAAGCACCACUUUAGCUAAUGGGACCUCCUGCUGCCACCGCGCCGCCGGAGCACGAUUUCUGUUCUCAUCCUGAAGCAAAGUUCUUAACCUGAGGUACUAUUUCUGGGUUAGCGGAGUCUGUAACCUGAAGCAUAUGUAACCUGAAGCAUAUGUAACCCGAGGUACCACUGUGUGUGUGUGUAUAUGUAUAUAUGUGUGUGUAUAUAUAUAUAUAUAUAUAUGUGUGUGUGUGUGUGUGUAUCUAUAUAUAUAUAUAUAUAUUUGCACAUUUCUAAAAGCAAGGGGUGAUAGUUUGUUAAUGAACAGAACAGUUUAUUUUCAAGGGGCAAAAAGAGGAGAACCCUGUUUGUGAAGUCUUGUCAAAUAUAAUAGCCAAUAGCUGACUGUAUCAGCUAUACCUUUUCAGCCAGCGCAUUUCUGAGGUGGUGUAGUUCAGUGGCAGAGCACAUCCAUUGCAUGCAGAAGGUGCCUGGUUCAAUCCCUGGGCAUCUUUACUUAGAAAGCAGCUGAUGGUAAAGACCUGAGGCCCUGGAGAGCUGCUUCCAAUGGGAACAGUGUUUGCUCGGCUUGAUGGACAAAUAGUCUGACCCAGCUUAAGGCUGCUUCCUGUAUUUCUAAUUCACAUGGUAGUUAAGCCAUUUGAAAAAUAAAACUAGUUGCUGCUAUUUGUGUUAUCUGACAGUCUGCUGCUCACUGUUGUCAGUAUGCCAUCCGUGAAACUGCACAUGCUAACAUCCCUAAGUCAUUCAUGCAUAUACAUAUUUAUUUAGAUAUCUAACCUGACUUUUCAGUAGCAAACUAGGAUGGAAACAUGUGCAUAGAUACCUGCACAAAAUUGCCUCUGUUGUAUCUUAAAUCCCAAUGGACAGAAGUACCUUUUCCUGAGUCUGGGGGCAGGUUAAAGGAUGUUUGCAGUGAGUUAAAUUUGAGCUGUAGGGGUGGUCAUAGGUAGGGUUGUGCAAGAUUUGAUAUCUCCACAAAGAGCAGGUUGUCUGGAAGUGAAUGAAUACUGUGAAAUUUGUGUUCUGCCCAUUCAGACUCAUUGCUUGGCAUCAAUGCCCUAGUAAUAGUUUGGCCACCUUGCAAAUAGGCACAGUGCCAUCAUAAGCAGAUGGAUGUGGGCAUUCUCGGCCAGGAAAUGGAGCCUGUGCAGUUAGCAUAACAGUAGGAUUCCUAGAAAGAGUCUUGCUUUUAGUUUUCAUAGUUAAGGAGUCUCCCUUCAUGUGCAUUGCAAGUAAGCAUUUAUAACUGUGUAGCGCUUCCCUUCCAAUUGAGAAUACGUUGUACAAGAACAUUUAUUUAUUACAAGUAAUUGUAUACCACCCUUCCAGCCAGGUUACCUUGCUCCUUCUGCCCAUGUUUGUGAAACAAGGCAAUAUAAUAUGUUGCCACAUGUAAAGUAGGCUUGCCAUCGAGGCUUGCCUGGCUGCUGCUGUGACUUGUAGGUUAUUUCUCCCUGCACUCAUGAGGAUGAGGUGCAGAAACUCUGGAUACAAUUGUAACUGUUGUUUGGCCAUCCACACAGCCCUCUCCUCCCCCCUGGUUCAACAUCUCCCAUUGCUCUGUUGCCAUUUCCAUCUGUAGUACUGGAUAGUGAGGUCAUAGUUAUGGUUGUUGUUGUUGUUUAGUCGUUUAGUCGUGUCUGACUCUUCGUGACCCCAUGGACCAGAGCACGCCAGGCACACCUGUCUUCCACUGCCUCCCGCAGUUUGGUCAGACACAUGCUGGUAGCUUCGAGAGCACUAUCCAACCAUCUCAUUCUCUGUUGUCCCCUUCUCUUUGUGCCCUCCAUCUUUUCCAACAUCAGGGUCUUUUCCAGGGAGUCUUCUCUUCUCAUGAGGUGGCCAAAGUAUUGGAGCCUCAACUUCACGAUCUGUCCUUCCAGUGAGCACUCAGGGCUGAUUUCCUUAAGAAUGGAUACGUUUGAUCUUCUUGCAGUCCAUGGGACUCUCAAGAGUCUCCUCCAGCACCAUAAUUCAAAAGCAUCAAUUCUUCGGCGAUCAGCCCUCUUUAUAGUCCAGCUUUCACUUCCAUACAUCACUACUGGGAAAACCAUAGCUUUAACUAUACGGACCUUUGUUGGCAAGGUGAUGUCUCUGUGUUAUGGUUAGGAUAGAUAAUUAAGAAACAUUUUACAGCACAAGACAAUUAAUGUCUAUAACAGGGAAGCAUAAAGAACUUUGCUCACGUAGAAGUGUGGAAACUGGUUGUUCAGAUGUACUCAGCCUUUAUGAAGGAUUAAGAACUGCUGAUUAAAUUCAGGCCAAAAGCCAAUCUAGUCCAGCAUCCUGUUCUCACAGCAGGGCAAGAGAUAGAUGCCUCCAGGAAACCUGCAAACCGGAUUUGAGUGCAACAACCCUCUCCCCAUUUGCCAUUCCCAGAAACUGGCAUUCAGAGGCAUACGGCCUCCAGCAGUAGACACAGAACAUAGUCAGCAUGACUAGUAGCCAUUGAUAGCCUUAUCUUCCAUGAAUUUGUCCAAUCCCCUUUUUAAGACCAGCUGCCUUUGGCUGUCCCUCAGCUGUCACCUAGCAGUAGCCAUCAAGUUGAAGCAGAAAGGAAGAAAGGAAGUAUGGAUCUUCAACUGGCUGUACUGAGAGAUCAGCUGCCUUUGGCUCUCCCUUAUCUCCCAUUCCAUCAGGGUACCUGAGCAAUUUUCAUCCCAGCUCUUCAUUAUAAAAACUGUAAUUUAAAAUGAUAACAAUACCUGAGUUUGCUUUUUUCCACUUUCUCGUCCCCUUUUCCUUUCGUGUUGAGGCUUUUAUAUUGUAAGCCUGGGGGCAGGGAUUGUCGUGUGUGUGUGUGUGUGUGUGUGUGUGUGUGUGUGCUAUUUUAAAUGGAUCUGGAAGUCUUUUCAGCUCAAGAGCAGGGUAAAAGUGUUUUAAAAUAACCUGUAUGGUCAUAAUGAGUGUUUGAGAGCUUAGUCGCUGAUACAUAUACCAUUUACAAACUAAAGAAUUCUUAUUGUUGUUCAUGUGGAAAUAUGGUUUUAAGAUUCAAUUAGGAGAAGGCAAUUUUGUCCCAAAAGGGGGAGAAAACAGCACUUCAAGUAUCAUCAUUCUGGAGUGAGAAUUUGUUUGGUUCUUAUUUUAGUACUUGGGUUUUGUUGGAGGCUGCAUAUGUCGAAGAAAGAGAACUGGUAUAUUAAAUAACUAAAAGCAAGUGACAGUGUGGAAUAACCUACCUCUUAACAGGUGUGUUGAUUUUUGUUUUUUGUUUGUUUUAGUUUAGAAUAUGCCUAAGAAAGCAGCUGGGAAAAGAGGCCCUGCAAAACGGAAACUUGCAGAAGAAUUUCCUCCAGGAGAAGUUUUUACUGACCUAACAAAGAAAGAUUGGAAGCUUGGUCCGGUUAUAGGCAAAGGUGGUUUUGGCUGCCUCUAUCUUGGUAAGACUGAGAAAGAAGCCUGUUAAAGUUGGAGCACUGCAUUCCUUUCUUUAGGCCAGGGGUGGUGGUGUGGGGAAUAUAUAAUCCGAAAACAUGGGAACAGUGAAAUCAAUUUAUCAUGGGCACAAUUUGGCUAGAGAAUGGCAGCUUGAUUUCCCUCCUUUCCUUCAAAAUAAUCACCUGAUGAGCCCAAAGACACACUUAACAUUCUGCAUUGUUUAGAUUAUUCAUUUGCUUAUCUUACUAAGUUUCUGCUGCUGAUCCAGAUUUUAUUCAUCACCUUCCAUGCCCUGCUUGGAAGCUUCCCAGACGCACCUGGCUGGCUGCUGUUUGGAAAGAGGAUGCCGGACUUGACAGACCCUAGUCUGAUUAAGCAAGGCAGUUCUUAUGUCCUUUGUUAUGUGGAAGUUUGGACACAGUUGGCUGUUGGCUGGGCAUGGCUUGUAAAAAUGAAUAAUGCAUUUCAGCUAGAGAUUUCCAGAGUAAUACCUGGAGUUUGUGUCUCAGAUUUCUUAUGAUGUAAAACCUACCUAUCACUGCCUAAUGAGUUUUCUUCUUUGUGUGUGUGUAUAUAAAUAUGUAAUCUGGCUUCGGAACAGAAAGCUGAAAUGGAUGGCCAUAGUGUAAAGAAGAGGGAGGGGUUUCUGUCUCAAGACUUGUUUCCUGCCAGGUUGAAGCCAGAGGCUCUUACUUUCUAAUCCCUGCAUAUACAGUGGUACCUCAGGUUAAGAACUUAAUUCGUUCUGGAGGUCCGUUCUUAACCUGAAACUGUUCUUAACCUGAAGCACCACUUUAGCUAAUGGGGCCUCCUCCUGCUGCCACGCCGCCGCAGCAUGAUUUCUGUUCUCAUCCUGAAGCAAAGUACUUAACCUGAGGUAAUAUUUCUGGGUUAGCGGAGUCUGUAACCCGUAGCGUCUGUAACCUGAAGCAUCUGUAACCCGAGGUACUACUGUAUAUUUUGCUUUUUCUAAACUUCUGCUAAGUAUCUCAGCCGCAGGAUUCCUUUAUGAGCUGAAAUAUAAAUGAGCAGAGUCUUAAUAUAAAAAGUAGCCUUUCUGUGUUAUAAGAGCACAUUUGAUGGUAACUCCCUUCUACGGUGAUCAGAGUAUUGAUACAAGACCAGCAACAAGAAGUACCUCAAAGACAGUAUAGUUUCUAGUUUCAGCAAUUGAUGCAAUUGUGGCUCUUCAGUGGUACCGUUACUGUGCUGUCUGUACUGAUCUUGCUCUGUUUGGACUAGCAAUAAUUGGAAUGCAGAGGGCACCGUCCCUUUCUGGCUUGCAAGAGUUAGACAGGCUAAUGUCACUAUCUUCGUCACUUGCAGAAGCUAAGUGCCUGCUGGAAGUGACAAGCAAUUCCCGGAGAGGCACUUCAUGGUACAAUUUAACAUGUGCACGGAAAAUUAAAAUGUUAAGUGUAACAAGCACAUGUUUAUCACUAUGGUUUAGCGCAAUGUGUAUGAGCUGGAAUGAGACUAAUCAAAGUCGCCUAUUCUUUCCUCCUUCAGUGUUAAUGGGAGAAGGAUUUCACCAGUAUUAUUAUACAAUGUACACAGGCCAUGUCCGCAUGCCACACUAAACCAUGGUUUGGUGCUUUGUCCAGGAGCUGCAAUGAGCCUGAACAAAACAUCAGUCUUGUGUGCUGCCAUCUCCUUCUGCCAGGAGGAGAACUUCAUCAGCAUUUAUUUUCAGUUUCCUCUAAUCCUGCCUUGUCAUUGUGUGAAAACCAGGAACUGUGAUUUGUCACAAAGUCUGGUCAGUUACAAAACAAGACAGCAUCAAACCACUGGUUAUGAAACAAGUUGAACACUUAACUUUAAGCGUUCAACAUACUUAUUUAUUAUUACUAACUGUAUAUUAAGCAAAUAGUUCUUUCACCAUGCUGAUAAGAAACUGUUCAUAUUUUAACAGCUGAUGUUAAUUCUUCAAAAUCAGUCACCAGUGAUGCACCCUAUGUUAUAAAAGUGGUAAGUAUAUAUUUGAAGUAGUCCAUUUUCAGAUGCAUGCACAGAACAUCCUAGGAAAACUAGAAAGACUCUUUCAGUAGGUAUGUGGAAUUUUGUGGAGAGAAAAUCCUUAGGCACCCAAUGUCCCAUGAAUUACAAGUAGGUUGAAAUAAGUUUAGAUAAGUUGAAGCCUUACUUUAAAAUCUUUUUAUUCUGUUCUGCCAUUAGCAUUCCUUAUGCAUUGCUAAACCACUUCAUAUGAACAUUCAUAAAUGGAAAUAAAUAAAUACAUAAUACAUUUAAAAAAUGCAAACAUUGUCCUGUUGCUAAAAUAACUGAACACAUACUGACCUACAUUCCUAUAACUGCACGGUUACACUACUGCAUUCAUCUGCUGGGAUUGUUUUUCUGCUUUAAGAUUCCCUGAAAUAUUUAUCAAUCGCAUAAGAAAUGGACAGUUACUAAUGCUGUGACAGAUUGGAGCUGGAGUACAGGCUUAUAACUUUUGGUAUAUGUCCUUAUGGUAUUAGAGGUACUUAGCUAUAAUUCCUUAUUUGGCAACUCAUUCUGGCUACAAGCCAUUUUACACAGUGGAGGGCCAGAUCAUUUUUUCCCCUGUCUGGUCCCUGCUGUCCAACUGUACCACUCAUCAUCUUAUUGCCUGACAUUGUUAUUGUUAUUAAUUGAAUUUAUAUACUGCCCUAUACUUGGCGGUCUCAGGGCGGUUCACAAAACAAGGCUGUCGAUAUAGAUGUGGCUGGGAGACGACUGGGCACUUGAAGUUGGCACUUGUUUCAGAGCCCCCUGCUAUAUUGGGGCAUUCUGACUCCAUACACCAGCCAGACCAGCAACAGUAGGAAAGAGAGUCGUGCGUUGCUUCUGAUACCGCCCGUUUCCCCAUAAAAAGUGAAUGUGUCACAGAGGACAGAGUGCAAGCUUUAUGCAGCCACUUCCUUUCUGCUGCCUCUCAGUUCCCUCUUCCACAGUCUCUCCAUCACUUGAGAAGGCAUGCCUGGAAAGUUGGAGGGCAGGGGAGAUGGCACCCCUUGAAGCAAAUAGGAUUUGGCCCUAUUUGCUGAAACCCUGCUUGGUAUUUACCUAUCUUGAGACUAUUGCCCAUUUUGACAGGAAGAGGGAAGCCUGUUUAUUUAUUUAUUUAAGCCAAAUUGUUAAGUUUCCAUUUAGCAUAGUUGCAAGUAUUAUUGCCUGGUAGCAGUAACCUAGUGCCAUGAAUUUGCCUGUAUCGGGCUGCCUGUUAUUUAUAGAGUUAUAGACACUAUGAAUCGAUUAAGUUUAUGUUUGUAAAAAUAGUCUAUACAUCAUGCCCCUGACUACUAAAUGUAUUGAAAAGCAUUAAUGCGUAGUUCAUGCCGGUGAUGUAUGUGUGGUUUUAAGAGGAUGCUGAUAUAAACAUUUUAUUUAUACAGAAUAUCAGUACUUUGUAGCUUGCUUUAGUGUGUAACCAUAAUGGAGACAAAUUGUGUUAAUAAAUGAAUGCCUCUGACUACGUAGAAUAGACAGCUUGAAAACAUAAAUGUCUUUUAGAGAUGGGGAUGUAUGACCCCAGAUGUAGAUUUGUGAAGUACUUGUGUACGUUUGAGUUUACCCUCGAUCAAGAUUGAGUUGCUUAAGUCAACUUCAUGUGGACAAAAUAAUGUGGUAUAUGACGUGGGCAAAGUUUGUACUUUGGAGAGAAGAAAACAAGGUUGAGAUGGGUUUCUUGGCAAGGGAAAGCCUACCAUAACAUUCAACUUGCUUCAGAUCUCAGCAGGACGUGGCUGAACUAACAUGAACAUUUCUGACCAGCAUUAAUCACCCAUGCCUACUAGGCUUUGGUGUGCAUAAGCUCAUUCACUGCCAUUAGUGGUAAAUGAUCUGUGCUCUUUAGUAUCUGAGCCUUUGUUGUCAUAGGAACUGAUUCAAUAUAGCUCAGUUGGUUAGAGCAUGGUGCUGAUGACGCCAAGGUUGCAGGUUUGAUCCCCCUUUGGGACAGUUGCAUAUUCCAGCAUUGCAGGGGGUUGAACUAGAUGAUCCUCUGGGUCCCUUCCAACUCUAUGGUUCUAUUAUUAAAAAGGAUCCCUUGUACAUAUUAGAGGGACCAUAGCUCAGUAACAGAGCCCAUGCUUUGCAUGCAUAUAGACCCAGGUUCUAUUCCUGGUGUCCUCAACCAAAAAUAUCAGGGAACAGGUGAUGGGUAAGAUCUCUGCUUGAGAUCUUUGGGAGCUGUGGACUGUUAGAAUAGACAGUUUGGGGCUAGAUGGACCAGUGAUCUGACCUGUUAGAGGGUAUAUUCCAUUGUUACAAACACAUAUUUGCUCUAAGAGGGGGUCAAGCAAAAAUGUAUAUAUUAGUAAUUUGCUGUUUCUGCAUACCACAAUAUUACUGAAAUGCAGAUCACUUAAGUUUUCAGUCACCAUAUUAAGUUAAUCCCUGCUCCCAGCAUUGAAAUCUACAAAAAUGUUCCUUUUUUAAUUGAAUGCUUUUUUGCAUUAUGUAACAGUCAUUAAGAAGAUAAAGAAAAAGAAAGAGAAUUUACAGUGGUUUGUUAGAAUUCUGCAUAGGACAGGGGAAGAAAGCUUUAUCUGUUAAAAAGUAUUUACUAGAGAGAGGAGAGUACUCAACAGAUUUGAAAGCUUUCACUUUUUUUUUAAUUAAAAAAAACGUGUUUUUUAAAGGAACCCAGUGAUAAUGGACCACUCUUUACAGAACUGAGUUUCUACAUGCGGACAGCUAAACCUGACCUAAGUAAGUAAUCUACUGGUGUUUGAAUCAACAAAACAAUUUCUUUAAACCUUUUUGAAUAUCCUAAUGUAAUAAUAUGAGAGGUGUAAUAAUAUAUUUAAUGAUUCAUGGGCAAUGAAAACCAUAGUUCUCGGAGGACUCUGAAUGGUAACUUUAAGGGCAUACCUAAUUACAACUGGAUGUUUCUUCAUAAUGGUGCAGUGUUGGGUAGUUAUUGAAGGUAAUUGUUUAUAAACAGGGCCUACUGAACUGGAACACUUUCUCUUGUCCUUUUUUAUGCUCGAAGGUCACAGCCCAUUGAGGCUGCAGCCACUAAUUUCCAAGGGGAAAGUGGAAUUUUCGUAGCGCAAGGUGGCUGUUCAAAGGGGGAAGAAAGCAUAAGCAAUUUUAAUUAAAUAAUAUGCUUGGAUUUGCUAGGAGACGAGAUGUUUGCUAUAUUAAAAUUGCCAAGAAGGCAGAAAGAAACUCGUGGAACGCAUAAAUGAUAGAAAGGGCACAAUGCAGUUCCUAAGUUGAGCCCUUUUAAAUCCCACUAAUUUCAGUGAGAGAGACCUAAGUACAUGCCUAACUCAGUUUGUUAGAGCAUGAGACUUUUAAUCUCAGGGUCAUGGGAACGAGGCCCACAUUGCGUAAAAGACUUCUGCAUUGCAGCGGGUUGGACUAGAUGAUCCUUGUGGUUAAUAAUAAUAAUAAUAAUUUAUUAUUUAUACCCCGCCCAUCUGGCUGGGUUUCCCCAGCCACUCUGGGUGGCUUCCAGCAAAAUAUUAAAAUACAAUAGUCUGUCAAACAUUAAAAGCUUCCCUAGACAGGGCUACCUUCAGAUGUCUUCUAAAAGUCUGGUAGUUGUUUUUCUCUUUGACAUCUGAUGGGAGGGCAUUCCACAGGGCGCGUGCCACUACUCUGCCUGGUUCCCUGUAACUUGGCUUCUUGCAGCGAGGGAACCGCCAGAAGGUCCUCGGCACUGGACCUCAGUGUCCGGGCAGAACGAUGGGGGUGGAGACGCUCCUUCAGGUAUACUGGACCAAGGCCGUUUAGGGCUUUAAAGGUCAGCACCAACACUUUGAAUUGUUCUCGGAAACAUACUGGGAGCCAAUGUAAGUCUUUCAAGACUGGUGUUAUGUGGUCUCAGCGGCCGCUCCCAGUCACCCUUCCAACUCUUUGAUUCUGUUGAGCCUUAAAAUGCUUAGUGUUGAUUAGAUCACAUGCUUAGUAACUAAGGGAGCAAUCCUAUGCACAAAAAGGUUGGCAUAAGGCAAGCUGGUGCAAGUUAAAGUUAUACCAGACCCAAGCUCCAUUCAGCGGCAGGGCUGCUGCUUUGCCUAAGCCUGGCAGAUGGAAAACAGGCCUCAAAAAAGGUGUUCUGUUAUGGGUCACCAGGUCACAUGACCAAACUGAUUGGGCUUAGGAGCCCUCCUAAGUCCCUCACCCCCCAUUCUGGUACAGCCCCCAGAAUGCCACUUUUUUGGGUACACUGACCUUGGCUCUGCCAGCCGAGCUGGGAUGAGCAAGUUAUAUGAGCAUAUCCUUAGCACUGGUUGAGCCAGAGAUCCGCUGCGUCCUAAUCUUUUCAACCUGGCAGAUCUUGCCAUAAGAUUGCCCCCUUAGUGAGUUAGUAGUAAAUGUUUAGUACUUAUCCAUAGGCGUCCAUCAUUUUGCCUUCAGUCUGAUUUCACUAAUCACAUCCUUACACAAAUAUGGCAAUAAUUGCUUUGCAGAAAGCUGUAACAAUGCAUAUUUGGAAACUUUUUUCUUGUUUCAGUUAAGAAAUGGAUUUCUUCUCACAAACUGAAAUACUUAGGUGUACCCAAGUACUGGGGUUCUGGCUUGCAUCAAAAGAAUGGCAAAAGGUACAAACCAUUUCUUAUUUUUGAGUUUAUAGGAUUUUUCAUAGCCACUACUCCCCCUGUGUGAGUUUCUCACAUUCUUAGCACAUCUCAGUAACUGAUGGCCUUUGGUGUUGUGUCAGCAUUCAGACUUAAAAGUUGAUCAAUGUGAAAAUAUCAGAGGAAUUGCCAUGUGAGAAAAAAUUCUAUAUAGAGAAUUAAACCUGUACUAAUAGUUACAUUAAUGUUACUGAUGAACAGAUCAAUGUUACUGGAAAUAUGUACGGACAGAUGCAUGCAAAAGGCAUUGUUAGAUGAAUUUUAGAACUUUUCCCCUGAAUUGUAUCCGGUUGUGUCCCUCUACUUGAUGGGAAACUCUUGAAUGUAGUAGCAGCAGUGUUUUUUUUCUGGGGGGUUGCAGGGCUAUGCAUACCCCUAAACCUUUUGUGAAUCUAAGUUUGGCCUCAUUGAGGCCAAUAUGAGUAGGAAAAUGAGAGUACCCUUAAACAUUUCUUUUUAAAGAAAAAAGGCGCUGAGUAGAAGCUUAUGUCACUACUGGAAAUACAAUGUUAUCUGAUUCUGCCUUCUCUUCUAGAACCUCCUGCACCUCCCAAAGUCUUCUCCAGAGGGUUGGGGAAGUAGCACAAGAGGCUGCAGGAGAAAGGGGGCAUUUUUUUAAAAAAACCACCCACCCAGACAGCUCACAGAAGAUUCUACAUGAUCAAAGAGCCCUUCUGUUUGGGGAGGGACUGAAUUUGUCUAUAACCCUCUAUCUUUUGUGGCUCUUUUUUUUAAAAAAAAACAACAACCCAAGGGCUUCUGGAGGUACACCCUUACAUACAGCUCAGUCGCUAGAGCAUGAUACUCUUAAUCUCAGGGUCAUGUUGUUUGAGCCCCACAUUGGGUAAGAUUCCCGCAUUGCAGGGGGUUGGACUAGAUUACCCUUGUGGUCCCUUCCAUCUCUAUGAUUCUAGGAGCAACUUUUCACAGUCAACUAAUACAGCUUCUAUUUCUGUGUGAGUCACAAAAGCCCUCCCAUGUGCACUCCACGCUUUCCGUAAUUUUGCUUUCUGGUUUCUGACCAGAACUCCUUUCCUUGGAAUAGUUGCUUGAAUGUUCUGCAGCUUUCAGCAGCAGCUUGUUAUGAGUACUACCCUGAAAGGGUGGGUGGGUGCUGUGGGGUCCGUAGUGGUGUUUUCAUUUUUAAUAAAACGUUGACAUGCCGUAUCCUGCUGCUCAGAAGCAAUGAGAACUAAAGCAAUUUGUUAAAAGUGCAUUUUCGAUGGCUGUGAACCAGAUAGAGUCCUCGGUGGGAUCAGGGCAUUCUGACCUCGUUGCAUGGCAUUAGCACCAGCCAGACCCAAAGCAAAAUAAAAAUGAGUCAGUUAUGUAUUGCUUCCUGUACAGCCAGCUUUUGCUCAGAGCGUGGAAUAUUCACAAGCAUUAUAGGGCAUUUUUUUGGAAAAGCAGCUCGACACCACCAUGAUUUGCUUUUUCAACUCCUUCAGUUUUUUGUUUUUUAAGUGAGCAAUUCGAAAAUAUAGAAGGAAUGGUACGUAGAAAUGGAAAUUAUGAAAUAGCCAUUCAUCAAAUUAUUAAAUAAAAAAGUAGAAGAGGAGAGAGAAGCAGCCUGACCCAGCCUUGUCAUUUGACACAGAGCAGGAUCCUUCCCAUUUAGUCAACAGCUUCCUGUUUCUGCAAUUGAAUCUUAUUGAGUUUGGUGGGGCAGUGCCCCACUGGCUGUAACAGAUCAACCUCCACUGCUUGAAAGAAUUACAUUUUCAGUUUGAGAUCAUAGUAUUUAUGGACGAUCUGCUUCCACACAAUCAUUCCUGCCUCCUAAGAUAUUUUGGUGAGGCCCAGACCUCUGCCCCACCAGCAUCUCUUUCACCCGCUAUCAUGGGACAGGAGACCAGACCCUGGAACACUCUAGUCUUGUCCCUGUUCAUCCUUAGGAAACUCGCUUAGCUCUUCUUAUUCUGACAGUCCUUCACUGUUCCAUUUGUUCUCCUGUUUAGACUUCUCAGUGGCUUAUUGUGUGUAUCUUUUGUUGCUACAUAAUUUAAAUAAAUACAUUUAACGUAUCUACAGUAGAUAUUAAAUUUCUGUUGUUAAAUGUGCAUGUUUAUUCAUUUUGUACUUUGCUUUGGGGCUUUUUUUUUUCUUUGCUGGAAAGCAACCUAAAAUUUAAAAUACUUGCACUAAAAAGGUAUAUAUAUAUAUUAAGGUAUCUCGUAGGGAUUUUCUUAAAGGCUAUGUUUUCUUUUUCUGAAACCAGCUACAGAUUUAUGGUAAUGGACAGAUUUGGGAAAGAUCUCCAGAAGAUUUUUGAAGAGAGAGGAAAGCACUUUACCCGCAAAACAGUAUUACUGUUGGGCUUGAGAAUAGUAAGUUGAAAAUUAAAUAUUAUUAAUGCUAUCUAAUGUAGUUUCUUUGCUUUAAAGUUAACCUGUAAAGAGUAGUUGCCCUCUGCUGUGUGUGGUUUAUAUAUGCUGAAAUUGUUCUGUUAUGUCUUUACUAGCUUGAUGUUUUAGAAUACAUUCAUGAACAUGAAUAUGUGCAUGGAGACAUCAAGGCCUCAAAUCUUCUCCUGGGCUACAAGGCUCCACAUCAGGUAACUUCCAGGUUUUUUCUUUCUUCAUUGUUUAACCUAUUGUUUUUUUUUUAAUGGAGCUGCUGUGAACCUCAGCAGAAAUCUUGCCUUUAUGAAUGUGUACAGCAUUAAUAUUUCUGCUUGACAUUUAUAUCUAGUUAAUGUUGUACAUUUUUUAUUCACUUUGCUGGCAGUUGAUCAAAUUGGCUAUUCUGCCCUGAAUAAUAUUCAGGAGAAUGCUUGCGAUACAAAAUGAAUUUCAAAUAGCUAUUUGGGGGUGGAAGUUUAAAAUUAUAUAGUACACCGGUGAAUUACAUUUGCCUGUCUGCUUUGUCAAUUUUUUAUUUCCUUUGUUUGAAGAAUCCAUCAAGCAUAAGUGUUCUGUUACUUGGAAAACCUGAUUUUUAACAUGUUGAUUGUUCAAAUCAAUUGGUUUACAGAAAUAUCUGUAGCUGUCUAAUUUUAUUAUUAUUAUUAUUUUACAUCUUUAGUGUUUGGCAAAUGCACAUACAAAGUCCAUAAUUUCCCCUUGUUUGAGUGCUUAUCUUGGAGUGAAUAAGUGAGUGUUAUACUUUUUUUAAAGUGGCCCAACUAGCCUUGCAAAUGAAUUUGUGACACUUACUAGUCUACAAAAAAGGAAAAAAAAGAAAAAAAAACUUUACUAGUCUGCUACCCACAUGUAUAUGGACUAAACUGGCCAGAGGUCUAAAUGUCACUGGGCAAUUGCAUUUUUUUUAUAUAUACCCAAGAAAGAGUGCCAGCAAGGAAAGAUCAGCUCCUGCCCUUAUCUAAUAAAGAUGCCCAUUUAAAGUUCACUGCUGUUCUGGCAUUGCUGAACUGAUCUCCACCCUCUACCUAUUCCCUCCCUUCCCUUCCCUUGGAUGUCUUGUGUUUUUUAGUCUGCCAGCCUGAGGUCAAGGCCUGUGUCUCAUUUUAAUUUAUGUACAGUGCCUCCCACCAGGACUGUAUUGAAUUUUUCAUUGAUGUGAGCUGCUUUGGGAGACAAUAUUUUUGUCCGAAAGGUAGGAUGAAAAUAUAAUUAUUAAAAACGGUUGAAUAAUUUGUUAAAUCCUUUAAUAUCAAAUUAAAUAUUCAACCAGUGGGUAGAAAACUCUUGGUCCUAUUGGAGGAAGGGAGAGCAUUCUCCAUUUAAGGUAUAGGGAAGAAGAUGGCACUGAUACUGACUGGAGUCACUGUGCCAAUUAGUGAGUCUCAAACAGAUGCAAACCAUCCUCUGCCAUCUGAGUGGGUAGUGUCUGUUUGUUAAAAAAUGAGCAGGAGUCUUCUGUAACUGAGUGAAAGCACUUACCAUCUUACUGAUCAUUCGUGAUAGGUUUAAAAAAGAAAUUAUAGAUCAAACUUAUCUUGGUGACUUGACGCAAAUCGGAGCCUUCGGGUCUCCACCAGCUCACCUGGGGCAAUUUGGUCAGAUCCAUGCAGCCAACCAAAUGUUUCUUUUUCAAGGAUUAUAAGACAAUAUAGUAUUUACCUAUAUAGUUUAAAAUAUCCCCCUCCCACUGUUGUUUUAAAGCUUGUAUUGGAUUGCUCUAGAUCAGAGACCAGGAAUCUGUGGCCUUCCCAUUGUUGUUGGACUUUAACUCCUAUCAGUCCCAGCCAGCACGGCCAGAGAUGAUGGGAGUUGAAUCCCAGCCUUGCAUUUAAGCAGUAGCCUGGUAGCCAUAAGUGACAAAGAAUUGCAUACAGGUGAGCAAACAGGCUGUUGGAGGACAGAUGGAGUGCUCCUUCCCUGCCUUGUGUCCAUAGAAACCAAGCAGGCUGCCAGAAGAGAAAAAAACCCUCUUCCAUGCCCAUCAUAGAAAUACAGCGGGCGCAGACUUCCGGGGUGGCGCCUCCGAAAAAUGGCGGAAUUCCCUUCGAACUGAAGGGAACCCGCUGCACGGAGGCUUGGGUCCUGCCGCUACGGCGCAGCGGGGACCCUUAAAAACCACAGGCGGAAGAAGCCUGUGGGCGUGGGACUCGGCGGGCACCGAGAGCGCUCUCUCCCUUGUACAGGAGCCCGGUAACGGGCUCCGGAGUGGGAGGUGCGUGGUGCUGUGAGUCGUCUGCUUCCUCCGUGCAGCAAAGCCGCACUGCCGCUUUCGGAGAGCGCUGCCUUUUCCUGGACAAUUUGGCAUCUAAAACAUCUAUCCGUGAGUACCCGAUCCUGGAAGAGCUGAACUACUUUUAAGAUUGGUGAAUAAAUAAAUAACAUUGGAUUUGAACUUGAAAUUGAAUUUAAUUGGGACUCGGAACGGAAAGGUCUAAACAGGAAGUCGCCUUCCGUUCUUUUGUUACGUGAAGAAAGCAAAGACAAAUUAUACUAAAGCCUGGAAACUAAAUUCUGAGAGAACUAAAAUUCAACAUCUAAGAUUUCUGAACCCCCUUCGAUUGCAGGAGAAGAAGGGGUUGUUUUGAUCUUUUCAACCCUGCGGGAGAGAGUUUAAAAUAAAGUAAUUUUCCACCGCCCUGAACCAGGAGUGGGCUGUCAGAACUGACGUUUUGAAGCUUAUCCAGCUCGACAGAUAGUUAAAAGAAGGGUAACAUUUUGAUUCUACUGUUGCCUCUUGAAUUUGAAAGGGGGAAUUUUGGAUAAAGUGUUUCUAGAAAAAGAAAGAUUGUUACUGUUGUUUUUCCCCCUCUUAAAAAAAAUAAAAAAAAAGGGUUUUCCAUCUAGUGGAACUGAGUGAAAUUGCAAUGCAGAGAGUUUAAAAGAGAAGGAUCAUUCUCGUGGGAAAGAAUUUUUUCUGACCUUGAAGGACAAUGCUUGUACAAAGGCUUGAACAAGUGUUCCUGGAAGGUUUUGCAAAAUUAAGUGCCCAGCUGGACCAGAUGCGUCAGGAGUCGACCUUGAUGAGGACGGAAGUUACCAGAGCACAGCAGCAAACAAAUGAAAUUCAGUUAAAGUCUAUACAAGUAUAUGAACCUGCUGUAGCGACGGAGGCUUCAGAGAUGGAGGGACCUAUGGAUGGGCAAGAUCAGCCUUUGAACUUGAUAAAUGAACUUGGGAUAAACCUGAUUCGGAAAGAUGAAAUGUGGUCAGAUUUGGAAAUGGGGGGAUGGAUUGACACCCCUCUAUAUGGUUAUUUGGACUUUCCGAGUCUAGUGAUGGGCCAUCAGAGGAAUGGAGUAGUCGAAGUCUCCAAGUUUCGUGGAAAUAGGAAGUGGUAUUAUCUGCUGUCUGGCUUGGGCAAUGGGUUUGGGAUGGACUUGCUGCAAAGAGUCAAAAGCAUCUUCUUGCUGGAGUAUCCACGACUGAAAGGGAAAUAUCAACAAGAGUGGCGAAAGGGGCAAGAAAGAGACUUGAGGGCCUCGGAUAUGAGACAACCAGGUUAAGGAGCCGGAUUAUUGAGGCUAAAAGGACUGACAAUCCCGGGUCCAGGGGAGGGGAGGCUGGAAGUUGACUGGAUUGAAUCUGACUUAUUGUUUUUGCUGUCUUAUUUUCUAAUAUUGGGAAUGUUUGUAAAUGUUUGAAGGAUGUUGAAUGAAAUUAUAUGACUUAAGUAAGGAUUGGUAAAUGAUUUGAAAAAAGGUAAUGAUGUAAGAAUUUGCUAAAUAUUGAAUAUAAGCUUUGAGUUUUAAAGUUUUUAUAUGACAAGAGGGAAGAUAGAAUAAGGAAAUGCAAUGAUAGAUUGUUAUGAAAAAACAGAAAGGAUCUGCUGUAAAAAUUAAAUACUAAGAAACAAGAGACGGAAGGAGGAGGAAGUCUAGAAAGGAAGUUAAUGGAGAUCGUAAAGGAUUUUAUAUUUCUGUUUUUCUGUUUUUCUUUUUUCUUCUUUUUUGCGGCUGGGUUUUUUCUUCUUUACUAUUUCUGUAUUAUUUUUGUUUUAUUUGUAUUUUCAAAUUUUUUUUGGAAAUUUUUGUUGUUACUUGUUACUUUUUGGAAAAUUUAAUAAAUAUCAAUUCAAAAAAAAAAAAUAGAAAUACAGCGGGCUGCUGCAGCAGAGACAGUUUCCUGUGCCAGUCCCCAGCAGGAUAGCAAAAAAUUGUUGCAGGCUAGUAACUUUUGUGGGUUUAUUUGCAAGGUUGUUUUAAUCCACUGGUCUUCCCAUCCCUGCUCUAGAUAGAAACACAGCAUACAGGUAGACUUGCUUUAACUUGGUUUCUUCCUUUAUUUAAACAACAACAAAAAGCAAGUAUCUCACUAUGGGAUUGUGUUAUAUUGGAGUACGUGGAAUCAAUGAUUAGUCACAUCCAGUCAUGAAUGCCCCUUCCGUAGGCAAGGUAGUGGAGAGAGCAAUUGGAGAAAUUCCUGGAAGAUGUGGACUAGCUAGAUCAAUUUCAUUCUGGGUUCAGGUUAGGAUUUUUGACUGAACCAACCUUGGUCACCCUGAUAGAUGACCUGGAUUGAUAGAGGGACGGCGGGGUGCAUCUUUUGCUCCUGCUUCUCAAACCACCUGCAACUUUUGAUACAAUGGACAAGGGUGGCUUUCUGGGAUAGGUAUUGGGGGCACUGAUUUACAGUGGUUCCAUUGCAACCUGCACAUAACCCUGGUGCUUAAAAACUUGCACCGGCUGCCCAUAUGUUACCCCGCCAGGUUCAAGGUUCUUGUAUUAAUUUACAAGGCCUUUAACAACAUGGGUCCAGAGUAUCCAAAGGACCACUUGAUCCCUUCUAUCCCAGCUUGAUCACUGAGAUCUUUUGUGACAUCUCUGUUGGCGAUCCCCUGUAGCUCAGGUGGCAUGGCUCAUAACUGCUAGAAGCCAUGUGUUCAGAGCUGUGGGCCCAAACCUAUGGAGCUCUCCUCCCAACUGAGAUUAGACAGGCACCUCCUUGCUGAACUUUACAUGCAUGGCAGUAGAAGCUAGUGUUCCGUUUUAUGAUGAUUUUUUAUUAUUUUAUAUUCUGUGUGGUUUAUGUUUAUGUGGAUUGCUUAGAAAUAUGUAAAUGACAGUAUAUAAAUAUAUAAAUGACAGUAUAUAAAUGACUUUAAUAAAGCAAUAAGUAAAAAUGAAUAGUUUGUAGAUGUUUGUUCAAGUAUAACCUAAGCAUUUGAAGUCUGAAGGAUAAGAGAAUUUUUGAAAGUAUUGUAAAAGCAUCCUUAUAAAUUCUUGGAUGACGCUUGUCUUGGUGCAUUGGAAUUUUAAUAGGUGUACUUGGUGGAUUAUGGCCUUGCCUAUCGAUACUGUCCGGAAGGUAACCACAAAGAUUAUAAAGAGAAUCCCAAGAGGUGUCAUGAUGGAACUCUUGAAUUUACUAGUAUUGAUGCUCACAAGGGGGUGGGUAAGUAGUUUUGCUUUGCUUUUUGCAUAACGUUUCUUGUGGUUGCUGUGAAUGCAAGGUAACGAGCUUGAAAAUGUGGCCAUGUUGAAAUACUGGUCUAAAGUAGCCCACUUACAUAUCAAAAAUUAAUUUAAAAUCCCACAGUAGGAACAAAGCUGUGAAUAAUUAGCAGAAUAACUUGAAACGAUGUUACAAGCCAGAUUGUAGUAGUGUUGGAGAAUAAUAAUACAGUAGCACUUCGGCUUACGUUACCCUCGGGUAAUGUAAACUUCGGGUUGCGAAAGCGGCAAACCAAGAAGUGUUUAGUCACGCAUGCAUGCACAGAAGCAGCCCCUCUGGUUGCGGAAACCUCGGGAUUCGACCGGAGCUCCGGAACGGAUCCUGUCCACAACCGGAGGUACCACUGUACCAACAUUGUCUGCAAACGGGACAUCUGCGUGCUGAAAUCUUUGUACUUGGCCUUUGACUGUCUUACUUGGCCAGUCAAAUAUUAAUAUAUUUUAUCAUAUUGCCAAGUAUGUAAAACAAGACUACUUUUUUUUUUUUUUACAUAUUAGCUCUUAAAAAAUAUGUUUAGAUCUUAGAUGGUAAAGAAUGGAUGAAUGUACAUUCAAAGAUGAGAGAGGAAGCAGCCUUAUGCUGAUUCAGACUGUUGGUCCAUCUAGCUUAGUGUUGGCUAUACUGACUGACAGGGCAUUCCCAGGGUUUCAUGCAGGAGUCUUUUUCCAACCCUGCCUGGAAACGGUAGGAUUUGAACCCAGGACUUUCUGCAUGCGAAGCACAUUCUGAACCCAGCUACUUUCACAUAGCCAGGGGGCUCCUUUUUUUCUAAGCAGGAUUUCUAAGUACAGAAGAGGUUAGCUGUUUUUAAGUUCACAAGCUUUCGGCUUCAGGUGGGUACUGCUGCUGAAAACAAUGGAUAAAAGCAAAGCUCUUGCUUACUAUUAUUAUUAUUACAGUGUGUAUGCCUUCCUAUACCUGUAGACCUCAGGGCGGUUCACAACAUAAAAUCACAAUAUACAAAACACAAAAUCCUUAAUAAAAGUAAGAACGAAAACAAACCAAUAAUUCCCCUCCCUUUCCACAACACAUUUAAAGGGGAAUUGGAUGUCAGUCAGCCAAAAGCCUGGUUAAAGAGGCAUGUUUUCACCUGGCGCCUAAAGGUGUGUAAGGAAGGUGCCAGCCGAACCUCCCUGGGGAGAGCACAACUGAGGAGCCCUUGCAGAAAAUGCCUGUUCUCGUGUUGCCACCUUCCAGACUUCUCGUGGAGCAGGCACACAAGGAUGAUCUCAGUGUCUGGGAAGGUGCAUAUGGUGAAAAACUGCCCUUGAGGCAUUGCUUUCCAUUAUUCCAUGCAUGCAUAUAUGUUCUUUGGAUCCAGGCUUUUUAAAGCAAUCUUGAUUGAUUUUCAGAUUAUGAGUUGCAUUGGUACGUUACAGUGGUGAGAGCAAUGGCACAUUGUUGCAUUUCUUCUCGUAAGACAGAAGUUUUAAAAGUACAAUUCCGGGGGUUGGUGUGAUUCUCGUGCUGUCCACAGUCAGAGAUCAAUGGUAAAAAAUAAUAAUAAUUAAAACUAAAAAGGGUCCCAUCAGGAGGUGUGGCAUGGGUCACUGUGCCUCAAAGUACAUGUCUUCUAAGUUUACUAGGUUCAGGAUCUUGAAAAUGUUGAACCCAAAGAGGUUUUGGACUUGUGCUAAUGCAAUGAGUGGCUCCCCAUUCUUGUCAUGCCGCUGAGGAUAGUCUCAAAAGCAAUUUGUGAGACAGCAUGGGAUUUUCUGUUCUAAAAGAAACCCCACUGGACAGGUGCAAAUCCUUGGGUACCACUAAAGUAGCUGUUUGGAUCCCAGCCAUAGUAAUCUCUGACACCACUUAGAAACCUCAUCAAUUACACACCUCUUCUCCCUGCACCAUUUAAUCUCCAACCAGGCAGAACCGCAGCUGGGGACUCUCCAUACCUCACCUCUCUAUUCACUGAUGACACUGGAAUAAUGAUCCACCCUUAGAAGACCCUGAACUAUAAGCGCCUGUAGGGCUGUGACCAAUAGUACCAUGCCAAAUCUUUGCCGAUGUUCCACACAUUCCAAAGAGAUCCCGUCCAUCAGUUUUGAAAGACCCUGUGACAGUACAUUGAUGGCUCCUUUUCGAUUCUUAAGAAAAUAUUUUAUAGUUCCCAAACUUGAUCUAUAAAUCAUCUGUAUAUCUUUAAAUUGACUAUAAAACAUAACUGUGAAGUUAAUGCUCUGUUUUGUUUGCAGCUCCAUCAAGGCGUGGUGACUUGGAAAUUCUGGGUUAUUGUAUGAUCUGUUGGCUUUGUGGUAAACUCCCUUGGGAAGACAAUCUGAAAGACCCCAAUUAUGUCAAAGACUCAAAAAUUAGGUAAAACUUUUAUUUUUAAUUUUCAAAAACAAUUUUGUCUUAUUCAAAAUAGUAAUCUUUCAGCUCGGCUGAUAGCGAGGCCCCCAAAUUCAAAAUUUUAGUCAGAUGUAUGGUUGGGGCUUGACUACCCAAAAGGAAUGAGAUUACUCUAUUUUCCAAUAUUCACCUAACUGAAUGAAAAGCCCUUCUUUAAAUAAUACGAUAAGGUAUUCACAUUGAUUAUGGGUAUUCCUCAUUUUACAUAAAAGAAAACAGAUGACAGGGCUGGCCCAGGACAUUUUGCCACUUGAGGCAACCCCUCCUGUCUACUCCCCACCCCCCUCCUCUUCCACAGCCCCUCGCUUCUGCCAGCGCACUGAGGCUUCCCUGGGUGGUGGUCAAGGAGGUGCAGCAGCAGGCAGGCUGCAGGGGCGUGGCCAAGACAGUGGCACGUGGCAAAGGAGCAGGAGGAGGUGCCGAGCAUCUGGCAGCAGUGAGCAGCAGGUACACAGCGGCACCGCCACCCACAGGAGCCUGCCGCCCUGAGGCAUCCGCCUUAUGGGCGGGCCAACCCUGACAGGUGAACAUACUGAACAUGCAGCAAAUGGAAAGUGUAGCUGUUGAACAAGUAGCUCACCAUCCACUUUUCAUCAUUCUCAUUGCACAUAUCAUCCAAACCUAGGAAUCUCAUUAAAUGCACCCACCUGUGCAUUGCUGUUUUUUUGUUUUCUUUUUUGCAAUAGUCUGAUGGGGCCUUGGUAGCCAGAAACUGCAAACAAGGGCAUAGUAGUAUAAUCUGUUACUGCUGAAAAUUUCUAGGCAAUGAGUACAUACUACCUACUCAUCCCACAUCUCUCUUAGUUUGCAACAGAUUCCUGAUGUGAUUAGCAUGACCAUAGUUUUAUUAACGUUGGGCUCAGAUCUGUUUUUGAACAAGCUGCCCUGAAAUAACCUAGAUGCUAAAUCAUUACCACAGUGUUCCUCAUUUGCUAGCAGCAGCUUAGCCCUAGCUUUUGUGAAUUACAGGGUAAUUACCCCUCCCUGCUCUGCAUAGCUGGAAUGGGGAACCUGUGGGUUGGCUGCAACCCACAGCCAGAUUUCAUCUAGCUCUCUGGGUCCUGUCUCAACCAUCUGUGGGGAGGGAAAGGGGCUUAGCUGUUGUGCAAAGUGUGUGGUUGCAAGUCCAUCCUCUGCAAGUAGAUCUGCUGGUGUGGGGCCUCUUCACAGCAUUCCGCUGGGGAAAUGUGGCCCUCAGCUCUGAAAAUGUUUCCAGCCUCUUACGUCAGUGUAAUUUCAAUUUGCCUAUUAUUUCUGCUUGAAAAUUCUGACUUUCUCUGCUUUCCCAACACAGGUUGGUCUAAUUAAAGGCCCCAGCUUUCCUGUUUGAUAUACAUGCAUGAUUCUCUGGGAAUUUCAUGAUAUAGUAACACAUCCAUCAAAAAUAUAAUGCAAUAAUCUUUUCAUUCAUCCACAGUUUUGAUUGCCUGUAUAUUUUGAGCAAAUGUUACUAAAUGAGAUUGUACGAUAUUAGAAAAUGAGAUAUUUUAUUCAGUACUGAAGUAUAAUUUUAAAAUUUAAGAGAUUUGCCCCAUUUUUACUCUCAUCAUUGUGUUGAUACACACUUAUUUACCUAAGAGAGAAAAUUCACCAAAAAUGCUAGCUGCUGAUCUCUUAAACAUAACUUGUCUGCUUCCCCCCUCCCCCCCGUCAGGUAUACAGAUAAUAUUGCCGACUUGAUGAGUGAGUGUUUCUCUAAAAAAGAUAAACCAGGUAAGAAGAUUCAAUUUUCAUAUUAACCCAUAAUGAAACUUUUGUAAAAAAAUUUUUACAAGAAUUAUAAAAAAGAAUUCAAAGGGGUUUUGUUGAAACAAAAAGUGUCCAGGAUCUGCUUGUUUUUGGAGAGCUUCUGGUGCUCAUUUUCCAAACAAAGUUAAAACGACCCCUUGAACAACUUGCUACAUAUUUGUACAUUUUGCAUUUUGGAAAUAUAGUUGAGGUUGUCAUGAAAUUGCAGGAUAAAAGGAUUGGCUUGCAAGGAAAUAUUUUUUCUUUUAAAUGCAGGGGGGCAAAAUUCACAGCUAUUAAGAUCAUUUAGCGUUCACAUAUAGACCACCAGUGGGAUUUGAGAUGCCAGAAGGAUGCAGAUUCUUCAGUCAUAGCAUGCAACACACAUGAAACAUGUCUGGCUUUCAGAUCAUGACAAUUUUUGCUUGCUGGAGAGAUGUGUGUAUUUGUGCCUGCAGACAAAACAAGCACUUUAUGUCUAAAAUACUGGAAAAUGUGAUAUAAUUUCCGGGAAGUUUAAAAACUCCUGAAUGAAUUGAACUUAGAAAGUGUAAGUCAUUGGGCUCAAGUCUAUUUUCAUUGAAAUAAACACUCCUGAGCAAGACUAGUGUAUUUUGUAAACGCCUCCUUCCAAAGUAAAAUUGCAGGGUUGUUUGUAGUGCUUUCUUACUGAAAUGCUAGGAUGGCUUUUUCAUGACGAAGGGUGAUAUUCAGCGUAAGUCCUACUCCGAGUAAACCCUUGAAAUCAGAUUCUGCACAAUAGCCAUGGCUGAGCGGUAGCAUAGAAUUGUGUGAAUUUUCUAGGUGAAUCACUUUAGAAUGUCUUUGUAGUAUAAUUCAAUCUCCUUAGAUAGACACUUACUGUUUAUUUCAGAUGAAAUAGCCAAAUACAUGGAAACGGUGAUGUCUCUGACUUAUGCUGAGAAACCACCAUACGAGCAGCUACGGGAAAUACUUCUUCGGGGUCUCAAGGACAUUGGUCAGAAGGAUGAUGGUAUACUGGACUUGGAUGUUUCAGAGAAUGGAGACAUUCCAGCAAAGCCUGCACUUAAGGUCUUUAUUUUUUAAUUCAGAUCAGUAUUUAAUGCCUCUUCUUUUCAGCUGGAAAGCGAGUGAGUGCUGUUGGAAAUGGGUGUCACGUAGGUGAAAUCCAGACUGGAAGACGAAAGGGAACAAAUGCACACUUGAGACUUGACUAUAUUUCAUGAGCAAAAGGCUUGUUCCAUCUUAUUGUCACUGGCCUGAGUCCAAAGAGCUACUUUAGCCUUGCCCAAGAGCUUACACGUGCGCCACUGGGAGGUUUUUUUCCUUCUCUUUUAUGGAGACCUCUGUGCCACAUCACAAACUGCUGUUGAAAUGCCACUUCACACAGUGUAAGGGGCUGAAGUGGAAAAAACACACAUCCACCCAAGUCUCCUUGGAACUCAUGUGAAAGCUAGGAAAAAGCUCUUUGGAUCUUGGCUGGUGUCUACCCAGAAGGUUUUCUUUUUUUGUGCAUUUCAACAUGGUAGAUACAGUUUUCACGCAGGAAGUCCUUGUGUGGCUCAGGUAUGGAGAACCUGCGGUCCCGCAGAUAAUGCUGACUACAGCUCUCACUAUCUCUGAAUGUUGACUGUACUGUUUGGGGCAUCCAGAGGGCUACAAAUUCCCCAUCCCUGCUGUAGGCUAUCAAAUCUUUAAUUGACGUGAUAGCUGAACAGCGAGAGAGACUGUUCUACAGAUAAACCACCAGAUGUGUUACUCCUGUAAUGCCAUGUAAACCAAGCAUUCAGUCUACAGUGGUACCUCGGGUUAAGAACUAAAUUCGUUCUGGAGGUCCGUUCUUAACCUGAAACUGUUCUUAAUCUGAAGCAGCACUUUAGCUAAUGGGGCCUCCCGCUGCCGCCGCACGAUUUCUGUUCUCAUCCUGAAGCAAAAUUCUUAACCCAAGGUACUACUUCUGGGUUAGCGGAGUCUGUAACCUGAAGCGUAUGUAACCCGAGGUACCACUGUACUUCUAUAUAAUAUCCAAUAUUUUACUUACCAGAAUUUUAUCCAUAAGCUUGGUAUUGGACACCAGGCUAUUUGAUCAGAAUAUAAUUACUGAGUACUAGCAUAAUGCUGUUCAUGAACAGUAAUUAAAAAGAUUAGAAGUGGGAUUUUGGGUUUGUCGUAGUGAUACAUUUCUGUGAUGGAUAUUUACUUGGUUGUAUCCCAUGGGUAAAACAUUGAUGCACCAAAUGUGUGUAUUUCAAUAUUUUUCAUAUGAACUCUGUAUAAAUGCUGAUUUUAAUGCCUGUAGUUCUGAACAGAACUCUUAUCUAUAAGUGUGUGUGUGUGAGAGAGAGAGAGAGAGAGAGGCAGAGGCAGAGAAAGAAAGAGAGGUCAGUUCCUUCUUUUCCUCUUUAGAGUCCAUCUCUUUGCAAAAGCAUAUUUGACUGCUUUGUUAUUCAUAAACAGGAAAAACCUUCAGCGAAUAUAUGUAUUGACAGAGAUGUCAUGAAAUGACAUUAUUUAUGAUUCAAGUGUAAGAUUUAUUUGAAGGCUGCUGUGUAUAUACAGGAAUCAGCACCCACAGCUCAAGAUGAUGAUGUACUGAUAGUUGAGACUGAGGAAGGUUUUUCAGCUAAUGCUGAUGACCCAGAAAGCAAGAGCUGUAAAAGGAAGUUGGAUAAGAAGGAAAGCAUUGGCACCAAAUGGCUGCGCUCAGAGCAACCGACUGAAGAGAAGGAUGAAGUGAUAGUACUAGACUGAGCACUGGAAUGCUUCAGCCAAUAGGAUGAUGGUUUGGGUGUGCCAUUUCUCAGGGUGUGGCUGCUGUCAUGAGCUGACAGCUACUAGGAGCCACAAGUGGGAGCUGAGUGCAGGGUAGGGACCAAAAGUCAACAACCUACAACAGAAGGAGCAUGACGUGUCUGCUACCAGAAGUACUCCUCCUCCUCUAACACCCCAUACACCUGCCAGCUUCUGCCAACCUAGCAGUUCGAAAGCAUACCAGCGCAAGUAGAUAAAUAGGUACCGCUGCGGUGGGAAGGUAAAUGGUGUUUCUGUGCGCUCUGGUUUCCAUCACGGUGUCCCGUUGUGCCAGAAGCAGUUUAGUCAUGCUGGCCACAUGACCCAGAAAGCUGUCUGUGGACAAACGCUGGCUCCCUCAGCCUGAAGCGAGAUGAGCACCACACCCCAUAGCCAGGUUUGACUGGACUAAACCAUCCAGGGGUUUACUGCAAAACAAUAUUGAUUUGUCGGCUAGUACAGCCUGAAAUAUAUAUAGGAAUAGUCAUAGCAGUAAUUGUGGAAUUAACAGUAUUGUAUAGUGAAGUCCUGUCACCAGGAAGCACUGUCUACAAUGUUCAUUAGCAUACUUGAAAUUAAUAGAUCGUGUUUGACAUGUUGACUGGUGUAGCCUAUAUGUUUAAAAGCUAGAGUUUCUUAAUCUUUCAGUUGAACCAUAUUUUAACGAAGAGGAGUGAAAUUUGAAGUGGACUAAAAAAUGGAUAGUUUAGAGAAGAAGCUGUUAUCUUUCCAUUCCGUUCACAUAACGUAUGUUCCGGAACAAGAAAUCAUUAUUCCAGAGACUUCAAGGGAAUAUUGCUUAGGACAGGCAAUCAAUUGGCUUCUGUUGCCUGAGCCAAACAAUAGCAGAAGCUAUACACUAGCACAUCUCUAUGAAAUGCAUUAAAAUGUUGAAAGCAAAUACUGCAUUUGGAUUUGCGUGGGCCUGACUUAACUGCACUGGAUGUUUUGCUGCACUAGUGCAGCAGUUGUGCAUAGCCCAUCUUGUAGCAGUGCUGUAAGACCCUUUUCAUCUGAUACUACCAAUUUCCUGCAACAGAAGGGUGGGAUAUAAAUCUACCUAAAUAAAUAUCUGGGACCCAUCACUUUUUGAGUCUCCUUCAGUGUAAAUUGAUGUGAUUGCUCUUGCAUUGAAACAGGCAGUUGGAGAAUAAAGCCUCAAUCAAACAAGAAUUAAUCUUAGCUGGUGACUCUCUUCUCAUCCCCCUCAACCCCCACCCUGGCAAUUGAUUUUUGUCUAUGAUUCAGGUUGUUAGCCUAUUGAUGUUUAGUUAAUUGAAGCUAUAAGUUGCACUGAAAUAAUUGGUCUUGCUUCCAAGUAAAUAUCUUUGGGAUCAUGUUGUUGAUCUUUCCCUCUAAGUUGACUUUAAAUACAGGUGAUGGUUGUAUGCUAUUUGUAAGUUUCCUUUUCCUUUCCCCAAACUGGGAAAUUGUAUUCUGAAAGAUAAUCUUCAAAUGCCUUGCCUGAAUCGAGAGCUGUAUAUAGAUUUAAAAAGCGUUCUCUGUGCUAAGGAUCUUUGAAAGGGAAGUGCUCUGAUUUACAAUUCAGGUAAAAAAGCCACACUUUAGUUAAUUGAACCAAUUAAUAUAUUAAUGCACUCAACCCUACUCUCUCUAGAAUUGUUCAAUUGGUUUAUCUUGGCAUUUAGCUUGGUGGGAAUCGUGAAUCCAAUCAGCAUUCACUUGUUUGGUAUGGUAACGUAUCCGUAAGUGGGUGGGAGAAUUGCACAUAAUGUAGUUGAAUGGAUUCAUAGUCUAGCUGUUAGUUUUGGACUAGGACCGUUCAUAGUAUAAUGGUUAGUUUUGAACUAGGAUCUUGACGAUCAGGGUUCAAAUCCCCACUUGCCAGUGACUGUCUUCCAGCCUAACCCACCUCACAAGAUUGUUGUGAAGAUGAAAAAGAGGGGAGGAGGAAAAACUCACGGAGAAAAUGCAGGAUCUAAAUGUAAUGAAUGAAUGAAUAUAAAUAUAUACACAAAUCCAAAACUUUUUUUUCUUCCUAACUCUUUUUAGAAUAGAUGUGCCAUGCUUCACAGCAGCACUGGGUUAAAAAAUAGAGAUAAUCUCUUGAAGAGCUGAUGAAUAUUUAUUCACUUUUAGAGAUUUGUACCGUGCUGAUCAUCAAAUUCCCAAGAUGGCUUACGGAAAGGUCAUAUGACAUUAAAACUAAAACAGGAAGACACCACUGUGUAGCUGGCAAAGUACAGUUGUAAUGUGAUCACAGCUCUCAGUCCCAGUUAAUAGUGCUGGAGGUAGAACACAGCCAUCAUGACUAUUAGCCUUACAUCUCCAUAAACUUGUCCCAAACUCAGCUAGCUUAUCCAGAAGAAUGCCAUUUCAGAGGUCAAGAACCAACAGGAUGUAACAAGUUAGGCAAAAAAUACUUUCCAUUCACGCUUUGCCAGGCUGCCAACUUUAUUACAAAACUAAGACUCGUAGCUAUAAAUAAAAAGUUGGUUAUUAACAUAGUUUGCUUUGCACCUUUUCUUUCCUUGCUCUCCUUUUUGAGAAUUUAUAGGAUCAACAUCUUGGCACGCAGCCUUGCCAUCCUAAGAACUAGAACCUCUUUUUCUGAGUGAAAACUCAUAUUCUCAAAGAGCUUGCUGAUCACAUGAGCACACUAUUAUGCCUGCAGGCUGUGUUAGCCAUUUCAUAAUUGAUUUAUUAGUUUACUUAUGAUUGGCGUGUGAGAUCGACAUGAUCCUUGUAAAGGACAGUGUACGAAGGGACUUUCAGCAUUUAGCAGUUGUCUCGACUGGAUUUCAAAGUGCAGCUUGAUCUGGAUUUUGUUCCUAGCUCAGCACUGAUUUUUACACUUCCCAUUCCGGGGUCUAUCCACACACACCUUUUCUCUGCUCUUUCCAGGCACAGUCUGCAUUUUAUAGCUUCAUGUGUGAGCAUCCCCACUUUUUUUUUUGCUCCGGAGCCCUCCCCACAAAAACCCAAAUUAACGUUUGUUCCAAUUCAGCUUUAAAUACUGUGUUUUCAUGGGGGAAGAUCCAGAGCAAAGAAAAAGGGUGCUCGGACAGGGAGCUUUAAAGUGCGGAAGUGUGGCUGGAAAGAGCAGGGCAAAAGAUAAGCGUGGAUAAACUCUCUCUCAGAAGCUUAGUUUCCUAGAAGAAAAAUUCCUAGAAGAAAAAUUGUCCUGUUUCUGACUGGUAAAAAAUUACUUUUAGUUAAUCUGAAGAAAUGAUCGUGGUAUUCUGAAUUAUGAAGUACUUCCAGUAAACACUUGUCAUUAUCAAGUCAAACAGCAUUUAUAGGUGGAAAAAUACACUUUGCUUAUUGUUAUAAGACUACUUUUCAGAAGAGACAGACUGUUAUGCACGUCAGGGGAAGAAAGGAUUGAUAAAUCUAACAGCACUUUUUUAAAAAAGCAAUCAAGGAAUUAUAGAGUUGGAAGGGACCCUGAGAGUCAACUAGUUCAACCCCCUGCAAUGCAGGAAUCUUUGGUAAUGCAUGACUAUUUUUGGAAUAGAGGAGAAAGUGUUGGAAGCAGCUAACAUCGCAUAACGCUAAAUUUCCAAAGUCUUGAUGUUGAUCCCUCUUGUCCCAUCAAUCCCCCUGAUGAGCCAUGUGUGGUCACUCAGACUCUCCUGCAAGGAUAUUCGUGGGCUGUAGUAAUUGAAAUUGAUCCAAUUCAGUUGGACCAGAUGGUACUUUGUAUGCCUCCUCAGCAUGGUGUCGAAUUGCAUGCAAGUCCUGAGUGUCAAAGUGGCUUCUAAAAGUAUCACCUCGGGCUUCCUUGCAUGGCACUAUUUUAUGCUAAGCAUGGUUGGCUCCAUACCCAAAGUUGGACCUAUUGCUAGAUUGAAAGAGGGAGGAGUGUGUGAAGUUAAUAAGCACUUUCAAUCUAACUUUGGUUAGAAGAUGAGACAGUCUUGCAUAUUAAUUGGACCUCAGACAACUCUAAGAUGAGCUGUUGUUAUCCCUUCCUAAAAAUGAAAUUCAGUUGAGAACUAUAUUUAAAUGUGUAGACUCCUCUUCUGCUAUUUCAUAAUUUGCAUCCUAAACACACUUAUUAGGGAGUAAGCUCCACUGAUCACAGUGGGACAUGCAUCUUGAGUAAGUAUGCAUAUAGCAUGGUAGGCUUCUCAAAUGUUAAACUGUUGGGUGAACUUUAAUCCAGUUUGUGCUAGGGUAUAUAUGACAUAUCAGAAUGGCCAGUAUUGUGAAACAGCGGCAACAUCUGCUGCCUACCUUAAUUGAAAUUCUUUCGCACUAAGAGAUCUACAUUUUUCCCUCUACUAUAAAUUUUAAAAUGAUUCUAGUUCUGCGAUUUAUUAAUGAGCCAUUGUUUCCAGCUUGGCUUGAAUCUAAUUCACUUUCAUAUGUAAUGGAUGAUGUUACUUUAAUAUUUGCAUGGGUUCCGUUAGCUCCUGCUGAAAGAGAAGUUAUCCUCAUUGUGGUGCAGUGAAAGCAUCCAUUAUUGUUCCUGUAAACUACUCAAGCCGUGGGGCAUGUCUUAUGCUCGGUGAUGGGCCCAUUGAUGGCACUCGAUAACUGUUAGGAAACAUUUGAAGUGAAAUAAAUAUGAAUUAGUGAUUCAUAGUUUGCCUUGCACUCUGCAUCAAACAUGGGUGUUGCCUCUGUCAGAGAAUGAUGCCUGACUUCUCUUGCCAUGUAACUCACCUGCAUCAAGAUUAAGAAAUCCCUUUUUUUAUUGAAUAAGCUUGGAAACAAGAUAAAUGUCCUUUUGCUUUUUGUGUGGGAAGUAUUGGAUAUCUGUUUUCACAAUGAGCCUUUUAAAAAUCUCUCCUCGGUGCAACCAGGAGGAAUGCGUUUAUAUCCUGAAUAUAAAAGCAAUACAGUGGUGAAAUAUUCCUCCUUAAUUUUGGUCAGAACGAACAAAAGUGUCUGUGUUUAUUCCUGCCUAAUGCAUCACAAAUCUGCUGACAUGCUAACCUUGGAGUCUUGGUUGGCGUUAAUCAGGCCUGUGCACCGGCAGGAAAGAUGUACCUAAUGCACUCCAUCAGUGCAGUUUGCAUAUGGAAGUUCUCACAGGGGAGCUGCCCUGUGCCAGCUGAGGGUUACCUGCCCACUGCAGUUAUUGUAUGUAAUUAUCGAACCAAUCUGUUCAGCCCAGCAGGGUUUAGAUGGUAAUCAUGAAGCAACACUUUGGAAAGAUGUAAUGCACUCUCCCCUUCUCUCAUCAGCUAUGUGAGGUUGCAACCACUUCAGCAGCUAUUUCAGUAAAGCUACACGUUUGUCAAACUUACCCCCCAAAAGCAGGCUGAACUUUCGCAGUUAUUUUUAUGCUUAUGGGUGAAGAUGUGUUUGUGUGUCUGGCAAAACGUACUGGCUUGUCGACAUUCAUUGCAAAAGGGGGGGGGGAGGAGGUGAUGGGAAAAGAGAGACACCCGAUUUAUUUUAAAGUAUUUUGCAUGCUCUGUUGUUUUUAGAAUAUGUCUAACCUGAUGUAACUUUGGUUGAGAACCAGGUCUUCCCGUAGGGUGAUGUGGCAAGGGGGUGGGGAGAGAUAAAGGAGAGACAUUUUUUCAGGCUCAGUUCCCAUGAUGAGGAAGGAAGGAAUCUGUCUCUUUCUGAUCCGUGUCACUUGAACAUGUUCCCCACACGAUUAAGUUCUCUUUCUGCAUUAAUUUGCAUUUAAAAAGAAAAGAAAGAAAGAAAUCCUUACAAAUAUUAAAUGUAUGCAUUUUCUCUCAAAACGUGUUCAUAACACAUACUUUGAAUUAGCUGAGAACUGUGUCGUGCCAUUUGGAGAAAUGUGAAAUCAGGUUCAUAGCAAAGUUCCAAUGCACAUACUGUAUUGGUCCGAGAGGUGCUCAUUUUGUAUAGCAGUUUGCAAAAAUUAGAGUUCUUGUGCAUUCCUAGCUGAUGCUGUCCACAUAUUGUAAAAAUUGUGUAGUUUGUCCCCUGUGAUCUCAAAGACAAGAAACUUUAAAAUAAACAUUUGAGCUCAGUUACUCAGGAAUCCCACAAAGUUCAUUUUCUAGUCUGUGGCUGGCGGAAUACCUUUGUCUCUGAAUGCAAUCCACAUGCAUUUUAAUGAUACAGCAUUUGAUGUAUUAUACCUCAUGAUUGCGACUACAACCUUGUUCUCCAACAGACUAUGGGUUUGCAUAGGAACCUCAUUUAAAAAACCCCAAAAACUUUCAAAAUGAGGGAAUGAAAACCAUGGUGUGUUAAUUAUGACAAAAUACUAUCCCUCUUAUGGGCUUUUGAUCUGGUUACUCACACAAGGGCAAAGAUGGAGAAACAUGCCAAACAGUUUACUACAGUGCACCAUCAUUUUGUGAUUUAACUUGUCUGCAUGCACUUUUCUGCUUUGUAUAAAGUGUGGCUUUGUUUCUUGUUUUGUUUUGUUCGGGGACAGACGAAAAGAAAAGCAGCUGCUGCAUCAGGGCCAGCCUCUGCUGAUGAAGACAACGACGAAACAGCUGUAGAAGAUGCGAAAAACAUCAAAAGAAGAAGACGUGCUACCUCUAGUAAGUACCCCAUUGGUAUUUGUCAUAGAUCUUUCAUUUUGCUGAAAAUAAAAAAGCAUUAAGUUUUGCAAUAAAUGUCACUCUUUUAUACUGGGCAACCUGGGGAAUGUAAGGUUGUCAGUUGUCUAUCUGCAGCAAACGCGAAAUAUGCUUUUGGCCCAGCAUAUAAAACGGAUGGUUGUGGUUGGUUGUAGUCCCCAGCCCCUUUCCCCACCUUUUAUUUUCCUCUCUGUUCUCAUUUUCAUCCUCCCCUAUCUUGUCCAAUUCACUGUCAGGAAGUGCUCGCUCCCCAGGACCAAUUCAUCACAGCAGGUUACAGCCAGAGGCUAGCAGCAGCCGCCGCAGCCGCCGCCGUAUUCAACAGUGAGUGGAGCUACUUUAAGAAAAGGGAGUUAUCCAGAUAGACUGAAAAAGAACCUUGGUGCUGCUUUGGCAUAAUUGGUAGCUUACGACCCAGGCUAUGUGCAGCAGCAGAACUUUUGAAAGCAAGACUUGCCAGCCCUGUCAACCAAGAUCUUUUUAGCAGGAAAUGCCAGAGGUUAGAUUUUGGAGCGCACACACCUUCCGCUACUGAGCCUAUCCCUAAGAGACAGGCAUCGGUGCAGGUGGUACUAUUUCCAAGUGAAGAUGCAUGGUGUAUGCAUAACUCAAUGGACUCGACUUCCACCCAGUCUGUUACUCUUAUCCAGCCUGGUCUCGCCUGCUCUGGGACGGAUGAAAUCCAUUGCUUGGUUUUUGUGUGUGUUUGGUUUUUUUAAAAAAUUGUUUGGAACUUUUUAUUUAUUUUGAGCUUUUAUUAACACGUGGAAACGUGUUAAGAGGAAAACCCAGCUUUAAAAUGAAUCUGUCACCUUCUGUUAAACAUGAAACUGUUAUAAUUAAGUUGUUGAUUGUUUAGCUUAAUUUAGGGGUGGGGGUGGGUGGGUCAGAGAAGUGGAUUUUUUUUAAAAAAAAGCUUUCAAAAACUUUCUGCUUGGUUAUUUUUGGGGUGGCGGAGGUACUUCAGAGGAAUGGAAUUCCUCAAUCCCCAUAUAAACUGACCCAGACUCUGUGAUGGUUGUCUGAGGUCCUUUCUCGUGUGCCUCCUCCAUGAGAGGUCCAGAGGGUGGCAACAUGAGAACGGGCCUUUUCUGCAAUGGAUCCCUGUUGGUGGAAUAACAACAACAACAACAACAACAACAACAACAACAACAACAACAAAUCAUAUUAUUUAUAGCCUGCCCAUCUGGCAGGGUUUCCUCAGCCACUCUGGGCAGCUCCCAACAGAAUAUUAAAAACACAAUGAAACAUCAGACAUUAAAAACUUCCCUAAACAGUUCUGCCUUCAGAUGCCUUCUAAAAGUCAGGUAGUUGUUUAUUUCCUUGACAUCUGAUGGGAGGGCGCCAUCAAGUGUGUGAAGUGAAGUUGUUUAGGGUGUGAAACAUAGGCAAGGGAAGGAUUUGACAUUCCUCUCCACCCUGCUCCUGCUGUGCUUUAAACAGCCACCCCACUUGUCCUGCUUUAUGGGAAAUCAGUGUGAAGAAUGUGUGGCUUCAGCAUUUUCCACCUUUGCAAUUAAGCGGUGUAUAAAUAAAUCUAUUAAUAACAAUGUCUUGGCCUUGAAGUUCUGCAAGUGUGUGAAUUGCUAGCAGAGCGAAAGAUUCAUGAGCUUGUGCCUCUGGACCCUGCAAGAAGUAAGCAAGAAGGAAGAGAAUUAAUGAGGAAAAAGGAGAAACAGAGAGGUGACAUGCAGAAAGAAGAAUAUGUAUGCUCUGGGGUAGAGAGAGAAUUAACAGAGAGGGGUUUAGAGAGGUUCUUUAGCAGUGUAGAAGGUAGAGACAGUACAAGGUCUAGGUUGCAGAGAAAAGGGGUCUAACGCACAGAAAACCUUUGUGAAAGAAAAAUGCUUUUGCAUGGUUAGUGUAGUGAUAUGGCCCUCUUGAGCUGGUAAAUGUAAAGAUGUCUCUCAAAUUGACUGGCGUCCUCCUUUUACUACUUUGGAGUGGUGGUAAUGGGGCAGGGGAGAGGAGAAUUUAGAUGGGGAGGGAAUUUCCAAGUAUGUCUUCCACUAGAUUACCCUUGUCCACACGAUGUACAGUACUUGAAACUAUGUGAAACUUGCUUCUCUACAUAACGGAUGCAGCCUGUUUGUUAGCAUAUACUGCUCGUCCAUACAUGCAGCGGCUUGUAUCCAGUUUGCCCAGCACUGAAGUCUUAACUUGCAAGUGUUCCAUUUUUAUGCUCCUGAGCGCACGUUCUUUCAGUGCCAUUCCGCUUUUCAAGCCUGAAUUGGGCCCUCAGUGUCCAGGGCCUCUAAUCCAUUAUGAGCCUUUUUCAGUUAGAGACCCCACACACUAUCUGGUCUGUUUUUUCCUGUUAAGCUGUUGGCUAAUCUCUCAGUGUAGGAUUUCCCAGCCGUAUGAUGUAUAUUUUCCAUGGUGUUUCUCCAGCAAUACAACUUUGCACAGCUGCAAUUUCUUUAUUUUCUGUUCCCAGUAACAAACCAAUCAUGUGGUGUUGAGAAUUGGUCUUGGUACCCCAUCUCCUGUUUUAAAUUUCUUGAAAUAUGGCUGGCACUUCUCCCAUGUAUCCUUUUCAGAUGUCUGAGGUUGCAGUGGGAAUUUCAACAUAAAAGUGUGUGGUGCUCCUUCUCAGGUCCAGCUAUCCUUAUUCCAGGAUGCUGUGUUCCAUUUCGCUUUCCCCUCAGUUUCCAUUCCCUCCCUCCCAAGAGCCAAUCGGCAUUCCUUGUCUACCAAGCAAAGUCAGUCAUCACUGGGCUCCUGCAUUUGAGAUCUCCCAGAUUAUUAUUAUUUUUUGUACUUCUGAACACCUUGGAGUUACUCCAAGCCUGCCGAUGUCUCGUAAUUUUGUGUGGAUGGUGUCCUUUUGGCGACAUGAGGAUCCAACAUCAGGAUAAGGAGUUUGCUGUUAAUAUAUGUGAGCUUGGCCUUCAAUUGAGGUGGAGGCAAUUGUUAGUGGGAAGUAUAAGAUUUUGACUUUUCAUAGUGCAUGUUUUAUGUGUCAAUAAUUAAUAAUAAUAAUAAUAAUAAUACAGUCGUAUCUCCGGUUUGGACCACAAAGAAGGCCAAAUAGUUGAUGCUUUUGAAUUAUGGUGCUGGAGGAGACUCUUGAGAGUCCCAUGGACUGCAAGAAGAUCAAACCUAUCCAUUCUGAAGGAAAUCAGCCCUGAGUGCUCACUGGAAGGACAGAUCCUGAAGCUGAGGCUCCAGUACUUUGGCCACCUCAUGAGAAGAGAAGACUCCCUGGAAAAGACCCUGAUGUUGGGAAAGAUGGAGGGCACAAGGAGAAGGGGACGACAGAGGACAAGAUGGUUGGACAGUGUUCUCGAAGCUACCAACAUGAGUUUGACCAAAUUGCGGGAGGCAGUGGAAGACAGAAGUGCCUGGUGUGCUGUGGUCCAUGGGGUCACGAAGAGUUGGACAUGACUAAACGACUAAACAACAACAACAACACCUCCGGUUACGAACUAAAUCCGUUCUGGACGUCCGUUCGUAACCGGAAACUGUUCUUAACCUGAGGCGCGCUUUCAGCAAUGGGGCGUCCCGCUGCAUGCUCGCCUCUGGCGCACAAUUUCCACUUGCAUCCUGGGGCAAAGGUCGCAACCAGGAGCAGCUACUUCCAGGUUAGCGGAGCCCAUAACCCGAGACAUAUGCAACCAGAAGCAUUCGUAACCAGAGGUACCAUUGUAGUUUUAUUAUUUAUACCCCACCCAUCUAGCUCGGUUUCCCCAGCCACUCUGGGUGGCUUACAACACAUAUAAAAACAUAAUAAAUAGCUGAGAUUGUAGAAUUGUAGAGUUAGAAGAGAUUCCAAGGGUCAUCUAGUCCAACCCCCUGAAAUGCAAGAAUCUCAGCUAAAGCAUCCAUGACAGAUGGCCAUCCAACCUUUGCUUAAAAAACUCCAAGGAAGAAGAGUCCACAACUUUCUGAGGGAGACCGUUCCAGCUCUUACUAGAUACUAGAGAUGUUUGCCUACUGCUCCCUAGUUAAAGCUGCAUGAGUGUUUGUAUGCUUCUUUUAUCUUUUUUUUUUGUACUGAGAAACAUUAGUUGUUUCUGGACCUUGCCUUCUGUGUCCUCCUUAGAAAUAUAAAAUCUCCCCAAUUCAUUUCCCUUGUUUAAGUUUCACUGUUGGAUGUGAAGCUGAUUUGCUCAUUUUCGAGCAAGUUUGGAUAUGAGGAUGAUAGGAGUAGCAGAAGGGAGAACUGACUGCACUCUACUUAACUGGCACAUGGAUCUCAUUUGCAGUCAUAUUUGUGCCCUGAAAAGUCUUGGAAUACACAGAUCAGAUCUGACAGCAGGCAAGGUGAGAGAUCUCUGUGUUUUCAAAGUGAUUUAGACAAUGGAAUAUCAGUGAAAACAACCAAUGCAAGAAUCACCUCUGCUCCUUCUUUACCUGCUAAGGCACCACUAUCCAAAACAGCCCUUGCUUUACCCCAAAUGUAUUUCCCGUACUGGAGCAUCAAUUUCUCACAGAGAGGGACUUACAUGCUUGCAAAUAUAUAUUGAGGAUUCAUUGUCGUUAGCCAAACACCUCUUUUCUCCCUGCCCUACCUGCAACUCAGUUUUCUAAACAGUCGUGGGGUAUUUUUAUUGAUCUCUGAAGACAUAAGACGAGCGGCUGGGAGGGAAGGGGUGCUGUAACAACAGCAAAUAAAGAACUCUGUGUGUGAACACCUAUCUAUACAGCUGCAGGUCCGUGGCUGUGGAUCUGCUGUGAGACCAUUCUACAUGCAUUUACAGUGUUAUCACCAAUAUUACAGUACAGGAGCAUACAUGGAAAGUAUUCAUUUUAGAGGUGGGGUUCAUGCAAAGAUAGGGGGCUAACCUGAGGCACCUCCCUCCUCACUUGAAGCCGGAAUAUAUUUCUUUCCCACCUUUUUAUCCUUCCCCUCCCUAACCCCUGGGCCUUGGCAGCUCCUGUGGAUGCUUGGGGAAAUGCUCUUGGUGUCAGGACUGUAGGAAGUGAAUGCUCCCCAAACACUGGACUCAGGAAUAGAGGAAAGGACCCGUUGUGUGCCUAAGAGCUGCCUUCACAUAGUCCUCUCCUUUGGCAGUGUAGACACACAGGGAUCACUAUCUAGGAAUCUUAACAGGGGCCAGAUGAAAUCGCAUAGAAGACUAGGUACUGCCCAUAGGCUGCCAUUUCAGACUAGUUAGUUUGUAUAGCUCAAAAUAUUAUAAACUACUUAUACGAUUUUUACUGCUAUAAAUUAAUUUUGUGGGGUUCAAGAGUGUCCUAAAGCUGAUGUGAGCAGGUUGGGUUUCCUUUCCUUUUUUCUUUUUUAAAUGUCUGGUCUAAAUGAGUAGCAAAUUCACGUGGAUUUUCCUUUGUUAAUAUAAAACGUUCUGAUUGUAUCCUGACCACCUUACCGUAGUCGUUAUUGCUAACCUCUAAAUUGUUUCUGUUUUUAACAACUGUAGAGGCAGGAGCCACGAAACCCAAGGCACUGAAGACCGCUCCCAAAGCCAAGAAAACCUUGACCCCCAGGAAGAGGACCCAGAAAUAG